AGGAAAUUAGACACUCAGCUGAAGAUAGAGGGCAAUCGAUAACAAAACUGCCUGCCGUCGCCUCGACUACACAGGUGUCAUCAUCAGCUGUGUCGGUGGAUGGUCAGGAAUACGGAUUUUCCAACCAGAGGCAUUUUGAUAUUUAUUUAGUUUAGAGAUAAAAUAUCGAGAAAGGUCUGUUUCAUGGAACACACAAGCUAGCUAGCUAACUAAAGCUAGCUUGCAUUUACAUAGCUAACUGUUAGCUAGCUAAUUGCUGAUGGAGUUUAUUAGCAAGCUUGCUAACUUUAGCUGCGGACAGAGCCUGUUGGCUAUAUAAUGUAGCUAUUUAGAUAAAGAAGCCUUAUCCACCUUUCGGACUUUGUCGAGUUGUAAACGUAACGUCGUUAGCUGGCCAGCUAAGUAGCUAGCUUGUUAGGUAAUUGAACUGGAAUGAACUUACAUGCUCGCUGCUUUCUUGCAUUUGGUAUCUAGCUUACCAACCCAGCUAGCUAGGUUUGAGAAAUUGUUUACAUGGAACACCGUGAACUUGCUUGCUUUGCGAUGCAAAUCUGAUGGCACGAGCAACACAGAAUAGCUAGGUUCAUAUUAUGACGUCAAUGCCCAGACCAUCACAUGGACCUAGGAGGCUAACGACAGCAAGGGGAUGGUUUUUUAAAUCUCUAAGGUCCAAUAUCCCAUGUCAAUAUUUGGGUGCCGUCUCUCCCUAAAAAUGGUAAAUGCUUUUGAAUGAAGAUCCAACUGCGAGGAACACAAAGCCUGUCCUCUUGUCGGUGUUGAGGAGAUGUCAUUGACAGCAGCAUGCAUUUUGCUGGCAGGAGCAGCAGCAGCACCGAUGCCCCCAUGUCUAGCGCCGUCUCCAUCGGUUCCUCUUUUCGUUUCUUGCCCGUCAUCUUCAUGGGAAUCGCCGCAGCGUUACUUUUUCAGUUUGGAUAUGGGGGGCUCACCAUAACGUCAUUUUUUCUGAAGCUUUUUAUUUAUAUCUCCUUUGCGUUGUUCUGCUUCUUGUUGGGAAGCGUUGGUCUCCUCGUGAAGAAGGGUCCUCCUAAAAUCAGCCGAUUUGAAACUUCAAAGAGACAGUCUGCUUACCUGUUGGAAUUGUUUAACAAAUUAAUGGUAAGCAUACUGAAUAGUUUUUAUUCAUGUUCAUGUCAUGGGCCUUUUCAUUGUCAUCCUGGUUAUGAGCACCGAGUUGUGUCAGUGAGACAUUUAAUAUUCAAUACAGUAGACAUCUUUAGGGAUUCAUUACUGUGCUCUAAAGUCCUGCGUGAUGACACAUUAUCAUGUUGUGUUAUAGCCUAUAGCUUCAACAGUCUGCCAGACCUUUGAAACAGGCAGUGUUUUAUCUCAGUCUUGUCUCUCCUGCAUGACACUGUGUGGGUGUUAUGUUUUAGAAACAUCCUUGUUGCUCAAUACUACCUCAGUCAUUUCCUUGUCUGGGUUGGACAUCACUGCCCAUUCAUUCAACAAUUCCAUUAUUUAUGAAUUUAUGUUUGAAAUUGUUAGAUUGUAUCCUUUGUCAAUUAUCUUGUUUGUAUGCAUGCAAUGGGCUGAGAGAGCGUUAUUGACCUUCGGCUGGGACUCCAUCCUUUGUACUUGUGUUAUGUUUGCAGGGAAGAUUCACCGUGCCCCUUUUGGAGUCUGCGCAGACAAGAAGAGUGGUGGUAUCACACAAUGUGGACAAGGCCCUUAAAGAAGGUUGGUGGUUAAAACCCCAAAUAUCAUGCUGCUGAACCAUCGGUGUCAUUUGUGUGGAGUCAGCAGUCCUAGAAUAGGCCAACUUCUUCUCAGGAAGAGCUUGUGAGGUCAGCACAAACAUGGGGAAGAUCUCAAUUGCAGACUCCUGAGUCCUCAUCGCCUUCUCAAAACCCAUUGGAUGAGAAAGCCAGAGGUCUCUCCUCUAUGACCUUCUCCCCCAAUGGGUUUUAAGGAAAUGAGGAGAGAGGAUGCGAGGAGUAUGCAGUUGAGAUCACUACAUUGUCACUCACUAAGCACCAUGUCUGCUCACACCCCAAACAACAUUUCUCAUUGUCAUUUUACAUGGUGCAGAUAGCCUUUCAAUUAGAUCUUGUUUGCUAGUAUGGAAAGCUAUCCCCUAGUAAGGAGAUCACAAUUACAUGUGUACUAUUGUAUUUAACAAGCUGCUGUGUGUUACUGUAUUUAACAAGCUGCUGUGUUACUGUAUUUUUUUUUUUUUAGGGUGUAGAUCAGCUUUAAUAUUGCAGAUAGAUUGUAACUUCCAUCAAUGUAAUUGUCUGCAUCACUUCCAAUCCCCCAUGGUUUUUCCCCCUCGCAUAUAUCUAUCUAUUUAUUUAUCUAUUUAUCUAUCUAUCCUUUUAAAAAAGAUAUUUCCCUUUAUUACUUUCCAACCCCACCACCCCUUCCCUAAUUGGAGUAAACUAGUGAACAACAAUGCUUAGGCCUCUACUUCCAGCUUAUACAUACUAUAUAGAAUUUAUGGACACAGUCAAUUUUACAAUAAUUCUUUUUGUUUGUUUUUACUCCUGAACUUCCUCUACCCUCAACCUCUCCGAUCAUUUUCAAGCUGCUGUGGUACUGUAUUUAACAUGCUUCUGUGUUACUGUAUUUAACAUGCUUCUGUGUUACUGUAUUUAACAUGCUUCUGUGUUACUGUAUUUAACAAGCUGCUGUGUGUUACUGCAUGGAUGGUUAAUCACAAGUCCCUUAUCGAAGCUAGCAUUAACCCUAAUGACUAGCACUUAUACCCACCAGGCAGAAACCAAUCACAAAUGGUUUUAUUGAAAUGUUGAUAACAGAAAGGAACCACGUGAGGAGUUUGACCCAACCUCCCCCACCUCAUUCAGCCUAUGUUGGAUAGUAUUACUGAAUCUGGUGCAGUGUGAUGGAGGGGAAGAAAGGCCCAGUGUUCCCUUUAUAGUACACUUUUGACCAGGGUCCAUAGAGGAGAACAUGGGGCCCUGGUCAAAAGUAGUGCACUAUAAAGGGAAUAGGGUGCCAUUUGGGACAGUCAGAUGUUUGCUGUCCUCCCUGGCCCUGCGUUUAACCAACAUGCUGUUUACUUUACACACCACUCUUUUCAUUCAUACAGCAGGAGAUUGUUGUCAGGCAAUUUAGAUUUCUCAAUACACCCGGCACUUGCAGCUGUUAGCCUCGCUUGAGGAUUGAACCUCUUGCUUCAUGGCUGGAAUUUGGUAGGCUACACUUUGGCUCUACAGUGAUAUAUUGUGAUGUAUUUGCAGCAAGUCAUGCAGAAAGGCAUUACUGACUUGCAUCUGUCUUGUGAUGCCUACCUCCUUUGGUAUUGUGAUGAAAAUGCCUACCUCCUCUGGUAUUGUGAUGAAAAUGCCUACCUCCUCUGGUUUUGUGAUAAAUGUUGUUAUAUCAUAUCAGAGGUCUGUAUAUACUGACAAGAUGGUCUGGUCCCCGCCCUAACAAUAGGAGUCGUUGUCCCAAAGGCGGGAAGGCAGGCUGUCUGCUUAUUGUGGACAGAUGUUGACGGGAUUGAACCCUCUCGCUUUGCAUCUUCCUUUUUUUUGUUGGGGGGGGGGGGGGUGUAAUCUUACCCCCUUUUUCUCCCCAAUUUCGUGAUACUACGAUCUUGUCUCAUCGCUGCAACUCCCCAACGGGCUCGGGAGAGGCGAAAGUCGAGUCAUGCGUCCUCUGAAACAUGACCUGCCAAACCACGCUUCUUAACACCCGCUCGCUUAACCCGGAAGCCAGCCGCACCAACGUGUCGGAGGAAACACUGUUCAACUGACGACCGAAGUCAGCCUGCAGGCGCCCGGCCUGCCACAAGGAGUCGCUAGAGCACGAUGAGCCAAGUAAAGCCCCUCUGGCCAAACCCUCCCCUAACCCGGGCGACGCUGGGCCAAUUGUGCGCCACCCUAUGGGACUCCCGGUCACGGCCGGUUGUGACACAGCCUCGGAUUGAACCCCAGGCUGUAGUGACGCCGCAACACAGCGAUGCAGUGCCUUAGACCGCUGCGCCACUCAGGAGGCCCCGCAUCUUCCAUUCUGAUCAUAUCUGAGCAUCACCCCAUCACUGGCAUUACCAUCAUGUGGUUCUUAUGUAGGGAUUGAUUGAAACCAUCCAGUAGAUAUAAAUUGAUCUUCCUCACUAACAACAUUAGUGUUUUCCACAAGAGCUCAACCAACCUCCCACUUCUCUCCACAGUAAGGGAGUUUAGGUUAUUCACAAUAUUCUGUAGAGGGCUCAUUGUGGAGUCUGGCACUGUCAGUCUGAAGCACAUGCACUCAAAGCAAAUUGAAGGCCUUUUUGGGGCUAUGUCUGACUAGCCUAUAGCUCCCUACUCUACCUGGGUUUGUGCUCCAUACAGUGCUGUCUGGCUCUAUAGAAACACACGUGUUGAGCUGCAGUCAGUUAUUGCCAUGUUUUGGGUUUAGCGUCUUGAUAAGUCUUUCCAUACAUUAUGUUCUCAUUGAUAUGGAACAGGUUCAGUAUCAGGUCAGACAGUGGCACUGUCUGUAUGGAGUGGUUGCAGGCUCCUGUAGUUUAAGGUGUGUUUGUGUAAAUCCCCUGGCUGAAGAAUAUCUGUUACCUGGCAGCCAGCAUUGGUGCUGUGCUGAGGUCCUCCCAGAGGAAGGGUCUGUCUCUACUUUCUGUCUCUACUGUCUGUAUGGCUGCUGCAUCAUGCUGAUGUCACAGAGAGAGUACCACUAAAGAAGUAAAUCUCCCCAACCAGGAGAAUAAACUGUAGCCUAGGUGGCUAGGACCCAACUAACCUAAUCUCGUUCACCAGACACUUCCUCAAAGCCUGGGGACGAGGUUACAACUGGCUUAAGGAGCAAUCAUAAAGGGUUGGGUUGGCUUAGGCACCAUAGAGGUUAUGGAUAGGGUUAGCCUGUUGGACCAGACAGGUGAUAUCGCAAGAAAGUCCACUGUCUGGGAGAACCCAGUGUUUAAUUUAGGUCCUUUCAGGCCCUCUACAAGCUGGAAUGUUGAAUACAAUUAAGCACAUGCAUGACCUCGGCUGGUGUGCAUGACCUCGGCUGGUGUGCAUGACCUCGGCUGGUGUGCAUGACCUCGGCUAGUUGGUUUAACCAGAGGAACCGGUAGAGUAAUAUCAAAUGUAAUUUUAUUUAAAAUUACGGCUUGGAGAGGCUCUGAAAGGACCAUAUCCAAAUGAGUACACAACAAUGUUUCCAACAGUACCUAGCAAGCAUUAGCAUUAGCUAGUGAUUAGCAGCUGAUGUAUUAGGCUAGGAUCAAGUAAGACUAGGAGGUGGGGCUAAAGGUCCAACAUGAUCCAGUCUUAAUGUAAACCUACACCGUGAAAUAAGGACAAUGUGGCUGAACAGAGAAUUCCGAGUUUUGCUACCCUUUAGUAGCAGAGAUUUCUAUUGAUGCGUCUGCUUAAAUCUACCCUGUAUUUUGCCAAGCGGUGUACCAACCACGUCUUGUUCUCUGUCCUCCAGUGUUUGACUACAGCUACAGGGACUACGUCCUGUCGUGGUAUGUGCCGCUGAGUCGUGACGAGGGACAGCUCUACCAGAUGCUGUCGGAAGACUUCUGGGAGAUGGCCAAGCAGCUGCGGGGCCGCCUGGCAGACGUCGACAUGGUCAACGUGGUCUGCAAUGACACUGUCAAGACCCUCCAUGCACACUUCUGUGACCUCAAGACGGCCAACACCAGGUAAGGGAGGGCGUGGGACGAGGAGAUCUGUUUGUGCUGUCUUGCCAACUCACACUGGUUUGAUGACCAUAGGAGUUAGGACAACACAAACAGAUCAGGACAAGGCAGCAGGCUAGAGGUGAGAGUUUCAGGGGCCCAAACAUGGGCGCCUCUGGUCUGGUGAGGAUAUAGAGGUGGUUAUUUGUAUUUAUUAUGGAUCCCCAUUAGCUGCUGCCAAGGCAACAGCUACUCUUCCUGGGGUCAUCAUCACUCUGUAAUACUCAGCAUUACCCAGCUUCCCCCUUUCCUCAGGAGAGGAGAGCAGCCUUGCUUAUUUUAGUCUGUGGCCUUGGAGCAAAGAUCAGGACAGGGCUCUUACUCAUACUUAUGCUAAUGGGCUGGAGAGGAUGCUUCUUUCACUGUCUUGACUGUUUUAGCUGUCUGAUUAACCCUAUAAUCUAUAAAACUAUAAAAAGCAUAUGCAUGACCAUGACAGCAAUUUUUAAAGAGAACACUUUGGAGAUUAUGGGGAAAUUAUCAGACUAAAGGUGAGGACACAACAGUUCACCUGUCACAAGACUGAAUCCAAACAUUACACUGUUGAUUUUAUGUGCAUUUUACAUUUACUGUACUUUUCACAGCAUUUGUCAAUAACAAAAUCUGAAAAUACAUUUUGGAGUAGGUGCAUGGUAAGGAAAAACGAUUUACAAGGGUUUAAGUGAGAGGUCUAACUGGUGUCUCCAAUUGGCCACACACCUCUCCAAACUGCACAGUUCCUAAGUAAUUUCAAUGCACUUCUAUGACUCCAGGAAAGAGCCUUCAGCUAUAAGGUGCUUUUUUUUUAGCUCUACUAGCUGAAGCAAGCACACUUGUAGUGUUUUUGUUUGGAAUACAGCCCUGCGUCCCCACCAUCACACAAUUACUGUUGAUUCUGUCAGUCAAAACCCAUGCAGCCCUGUGAAGCGGAGAACCUGAGCUCUGACGUCAUGUAUAGCAUGUUACUUUACAGCCACUGUGUUCCAAUUUUGGCGCUUAUCAAUGACAAAAUCUGCCAUUUACAACCAGUAUAAGGGAUGACGGGCUGUGAGUGGAAAGAUCUGCUGGUCGGUGUUUACGAUGCUGUAAAGUCGCUGUUCCAUCUGCCUGCACUGAGCCGUGCUGCUUCUCAGUUCCCCCAGCCAUGUACACCUAGAAGUGGAGCUCACUCAUUGGAAAGCAAGUACAGCCAGGGAAAUUCGGAAAGUAUUCAGAGCCCUUGACUUGGUAAAUUCAAUUGAUUGGACAUGAUUUGGAAAGGCACACACCUGUCUAUAUAAGGUCACACAGUUGACAUUGCUUGUCAGAGCAAAAACAAAGCCAUGAGGUUGAAGGAAUUGUCCGUAGAGCUCCGAGACAGGAUUGUGUCGAAGCACAGAUCUGGGGAAGGUGACAAAAACAUUUCUGCAGCAUUGAAGGUCCCUAAGAACACAGUGGCCUCCAUCAGUCUUAAAUGGAAGAAGUUUAGAACCACCAAGACUCUUCCUAGAGCUGGUCGCCUGGCCAAACUGAGCAAUCAGGGAGGUGACCAAGAACCUGAUGGUCACUCUGACAGAGCUCCAGUGUUCAUCUUUGGAGAUGGGUGGAAGCCAGAUGGAAGCCACUCCUCAGUAAAAGGCACAUGACAGCCCGCUUGGAGUUUGCCGAAAGGCACCUAAAGGACUCUGAUCAUGAGAAACAAGAUUCUCUGGUCUGAUGAAACCAAGAUUGAACUCUUUGGCCUGAAUGGAAAGCGUCACGUCUGGAGGAAACCUGGCACCAUCCCUACGGUGAAGCGUGGUGGCAGCAUCAUGCUGUGGGGAUGUUUUUCAGCGGCAGGGGCUGGGAGGCUAGUCAGGAUCGAGGGGAAAGAUGAACGGAGCAAAGUACCGCGAGAUCCUUGAUGAAAACUUGCUCCAGAGCGCUCAGGACCUCAGACUGCAGCAAAGGUUCACCUUCCAACAAGACAACGACCCUAAGCACACAGCCAAGACAAUGCAUGAGUGGCUUCGGGACAAGUCUCUGAAUGUCCUUGAGUGGCCCAGCCAGAGCCUGGACUUGAACCCCAUCAAACUCUAGGAAGAGUCUGGAGAGACCUGAAAAUAGCUGUGUAGCAACGCUCCCCAUCCAACCUGACAGAGCUUGAGAGGAUCUGCAGAGAAGAACGGGAAAAACUCCCCAAAUACAGGUGUGCCAACCUUGUAGCGUCAUACGCAAGAAGAGUCGAGGCUGUAAUCACUACCAAAGGUGCUUCAACAAAGUACUGAGUAAAGGGUCUGAAUACUUAUGGAAAUGUGAUAUUAUUAUUUUUGCUUUGUCAUUAUGGGGUAUUGUGUGUAGAUUGAGGGGGGGAAAACUAUUUAAUCCAUUUUAGAAUAAGGCUGUAACGUAAUAAUGUGGAAAAACUCAAGGGGUCUGAAUACUUUCCGAAUGCGCUGUAUUGUCUGACCAGUGGAAGUCAUAAAACCACAAUUUAAUUGUCUUAAUUUUGCUUUUAUAAAGCAAGUUACUCACUGUGACUGUCAGUUCAUUUAGCUCCUGUAAUGCAUAGUGUUACUUACAAACAGUGAAGCAACCAAUUAACAUUUUAUUUUCUGUAAGCAAUUAGAUAUAUUUUAACAGUAGACCUGUUCCAAACAGUCAACAUUGAAGCAGGAACUCAGCUAGGUAACCGGUUGAAAUUUCCAGCAAAAGGUCACUAAUUGAAUCCCUGAGAGACUUUGAGCAGGUAGGUCCUCACACUGAGCCGGCUGUAGCUUCCCUUGGUUUCUGUACUGUGUAUGGCUCUGGCUCUGCAUCCCACAUUGACUUUGAGAGAAAGAGGUCCUCAGCCAUCAACUGAUAGAGGCUUUAUUGGAUGGUUCCCAAAUGCCAUUUGGGAUACAUCCAUUGUGUAAUCCUCCUGUGCUAGAUUAAUAUUGUGUAUUUUGGGGUAUAAUCAUGUAUUUUGUAUGUUGCCAGUGCCACAUUUUCUCAGCUCAGACAGAUAGCUACUAUAGCAGUCUGUGUAAUGUCAGAGGUCCCUCUUGAACUUUUAAAUGAGGCUUUUCAGAAGUUCAGCCAGUCACUCCCUCCCUCCCAAAGACAGCAAGCUGGAGAUGCUGCUCAUUAUUUAGCACAGUGGAUGCAUUUCUAUCCCAGCUUGUUUCAGAUGCACUAGACCAGACCUGCCGAGCUACCUCUGCCUCCGCAGAGCUCCCUGCCUCUGCCUCCGCAGAGCUCCCUGCCUCUGCCUCCGCAGAGCUCCCUGCCUCUGCCUCCGCAGAGCUCCCUGCCUCUGCAGAGCUAGAGCUCCCUGCCUCUGCCUCCGCAGAGCUCCCUGCCUCUGCCUCCGCAGAGCUCCCUGCCUCUGCCUCCGCAGAGCUCCCUGCCUCUGCCUCCGCAGAGCUCUCUGCCUCCGCAGAGCUCCCUGCCUCUGCCUCCGCAGAGCUCCCUGCCUCUGCCUCCGCAGAGCUCCCUGCCUCUGCCUCCGCAGAGCUCCCUGCCUCUGCCUCCGCAGAGCUCCCUGCCUCUGCAGAGCUAGAGCUCCCUGCCUCUGCAGAGCUAGAGCUCCCUGCCUCUGCCUCCGCAGAGCUCCCUGCCUCUGCCUCCGCAGAGCUCCCUGCCUCUGCAGAGCUAGAGCUCCCUGCCUCUGCCUCCGCAGAGCUCCCUGCCUCUGCAGAGCUAGAGCUCCCAUGAUGUUGUUCUAUGAUGGGUUUUUAUUUAUUUAUUUAUUUUUAUUUCACCUUUAUUUAACCAGGUAAGCCAGUUGAGAACAAGUUCUCAUUUACAACUGCGACCUGGCCAAGAUAAAGCAAAGCAGUGCGAUUUAAAAACAACAACAACAGAGUUACAUAUGGAAUAAACAAAAACUAAACGUACAGUCAAUAACACAAUAGAAAAGCUUGUCUUGUAAGACUGCAGCUUUAUUUACACAAAGACGAUGCUCACUGUGACAAACCCAUCAUAGUGAAUCGAUAGUCUUCAGUUGGGGUGAGUGAGUUUGUUCAAAGCACACUUCUGUAUGUAGGCUAUCUAGUAAAUGCACACUUCCUCGGGCCAUGCCUGAUGUCAUGGCUCAGAAGCCAUGAUGCCAUGGUUGUGUCAUGCCUCAUUAAAAUGAAAGAGCUGUGGCGGCAGUAUGGAUCAGUAUCAGCUGUGUUCUCUCCAGCCCCUCUAUACAGGGAUCUGUCAUGAGUACAGACUGCCUUCUAAAGCUGAAUCACACAUCUCUGAUGGCUGGCCAGCCUUUAUCCUGAAUGGAAAAGAAACGAAGCGUUCCAAUUAAUUCCAUUGAUUUGACUUUCUUAAGUGUUAUCAGCAGUAAACCGCUUACACAAAGAGACUGGCAUUGACUGUGCAGUAAGGAAACGCUCCUCUGUAGUGUGCAGAACAAUUACAAAAAAUUCAAUAUAGGAGACAGCGGGUUGGGCUCUGUCUAGACUUUAGCCUGGCUCUGAUGAUCCCCACCCUUAUUUUUCUGUCUCUCUCUCUCUCUCUCUCUACCUCUCUCUCUCUCUCUCUCUCUCUCCUCACCUUCUCUCUCUCUCUCUCUCUCUCUCUCUCUCUCUCUCUCACCUUCUCUCUCUCUCUCUCUCUCACCUUCUCUCUCUCUCUCUCUCUCUCUCACCUUCUCUCUCUCUCUCUCUCUCUCUCACCUUCCUCUCUCUCUCUCUCUCUCUACCCCCCUUAGGCAGGAGGAGUUGCCCAAGCCCUUCCCCCUGCACCAGUGUCUGCAGAGCCCCGAGGAGGAGCUGCGGUUCCUGCGCUGCUGUGCCCGCCUGCUCAUGCUGUGCCUGCUGCCCACACGAGACGCCCGCUCCUACAGCCUGCGCGUGGUGCUGGUGGAGGUCAUCACCACCAAAGGUACACAGACAGCCAGGGACACACCGUUGUCUCCCUAAAGCUCAUCCAUUAUAAAUUCAACACAGGGACUGACAUGCAUCCCAAAUUGCACCCUUUAUGGUGCACUACUUUUGACCAGGGCCCAAAACGUAUUACCAAUGGGGAAAUGGGGUGCCAUUUGGGACAUGUACUCUGUGAAUUCUAAAUCUAUUUCAUGUAACACUGGCAUGAUGAGCAAUGUGGGCUGGAUGAUGUGGCAGAGCUCCAGCUGAAUUACUUUUCAGCUGCUGUAUUUAUGCUGUAGGAGGAGGAGAAAUGCUCUCUCACAUGUUUCUUGCUGUACUAACCAAAAAAACACUAAGAAACAACCAGAUAUUUGCUGGUGUUAAAAUAUUCAUGGCUAUGGACCGCUUCUGAAGACGUCAUGUGACGCCAACUGGAAAAGCAAAAGGCAACAACAAUCAGAGAAGGUGAGUGUGUUUCACAACAGGGUUUUACUUCCUUGUGAACUGAAUUGCUGUGCUAUAAACAGAACCACAUCUGUGAUGGCAAGGAAGGCUGCCUGACUGCAGGCAGAGCUAAAUGGGCUCAGUCAGGAAGGUGUGGUGGUGAUUUUGUUUAUCUUGCAGUCACAUAUGGAUGACAAAAAUAUACUUUCAGCCCCCUAAUUAGAUCUUCAUUACUGCCGUUACUUAGCAACAUCCCUCAAGGUACUGAACAUAUUAGAUUAGUUCUGUUAUACCUCCACUCUCAUGGUGUUGGUGAGGUUCUGUUAUACCUCCACUCUCCUGGUGUUGGUGAGGUUCUGUUAUACCUCCACUCUCCUGCCAUGGUGUUGGUGAGGAUGGAGAGGUUCUGUUAUGGAAAGGUUUUAGAGCAGGGCUCCAACCCUGUUCCUGGAGAGCUACCCUCCUGUAGUUUUUCACUACAACCCCAGUUGUAACUAACCUGAUGCAGCUUAUCAACCAGCUAAUUAUUAGAAUCAGGUGUCCUAGUUUAGGGUUGGAGUGAACCUACAGGAUGGUAGCUCUCCAGGAACAGGGUUGGAGUGAACCUACAGGAUGGUAGCUCUCCAGGAACAGGGUUGGAGUGAACCUACAGGAUGGUAGCUCUCCAGGAACAGGGUUGGAGUGAACCUACAGGAUGGUAGCUCUCCAGGAACAGGGUUGGAGUGAACCUACAGGAUGGUAGCUCUCCAGGAACAGGGUUGGAGUGAACCUACAGGAUGGUAGCUCUCCAGGAACAGGGUUGGAGUGAACCUACAGGAUGGUAGCUCUCCAGGAACAGGGUUGGAGUGAACCUACAGGAUGGUAGCUCUCCAGGAACAGGGUUGGAGUGAACCUACAGGACGGUAGCUCUCCAGGAACAGGGUUGGAGAGCUCUGUUUAAGAGCAUCCAAAAUGCUCAAUGUUACUGCUCGACAUUAGUGCUGCUCGACAUUAGUCAAACAUUAGUCAGAUAUGUUAUCACAUUUCCAUGUUAUUGUUUCAUUUGUUAUCAGUUUUUUGGGGGGCAUUUGCUCAUAUUUUGCUAUUUGAUUUUAAAAAUUUGAUCUCACAACAAAGUAAUGCGAUUUGAGGAGAGAUUUUAAUUCUUGAACAAUGGGACAUUGUAUUCCAACUGGGCUCAAUCUGAGACCUGGCUCUUCAGUACUUCUAUGGGUUUCCAUGGAGGACUGACUGGGUGGAGAGAUGUGCGUCCCAAAUGGCACCCUGUUUCCAAUAUAGUGCACUAUGCUGCCCUCUGUAACAAGGCUGGGGGCUGUCUGGAGUGGCCAAUCUCUGAUUCCAAUUGCCAGAGAUUAUCUAUGAAAUUGACAUUAAAAAGCCAUUCCACCAGCUACGUGUGAGAAAUCUGAUAGCUUGCUUUGCAUCACAGCAGCACAGCUCUCGGAAAUGUUUGCAGUCAGACAUAAAGCAAAUCAGAUCUUUCAGGGUUUGGCUGAAAAACCUGUAAACUGAAAUGGAAUAGAAUGCAGCCCCCUAACCCACACACUCAAAUGAUCCCAACACACAUCAGCAAAGCAUUCAUCUAGUGCGCAACGUCUAGCUAAGUGCAGAUGAUGCCUACUCUCAGUAUUAAUACCCAUGAGGAUAGGGGGAAAUAUGAUGCUCGCUCAGGCAGUCACAGGCAGAUCACGCCUCCCUGCACUUCCUCUCUAUAGAGGUAGUUCUACUGAACAGCAACAGGAAGAGAGUCCGUGGAGUGGUUCCUGUCCCAGCUCAUAGACCAGCCCCAAAUCCCCCUCUGUGGUGCUGUAGCCAUCAAACCAGCUGUCAGACUGAUGAAACCCCCAAGGCGUGUGCCUCCAAUGGCAUGCUAUUCUCUACAUAGUGCUCUACUUUUGACCAGAGCCUUAUGGGCCCAGGUCAAAAGCAAUGCAUUACAUAGUGAAAAGGGUGGCAUUUUGGACGUAGCCCUGGCCUACUGCCUGCCAGCCUCAGCCUUUACCAGUUGAGCUGUUUAAGACUCCUUGUGUAAGCAUGUAUGAGUCACCACUUCCCUUUAUAAAACAUUUAGCUCCUCCAUUAAAAUGAAAUGUGAAGAAGCCCACUAAGAUAGCCAGUGACAUCUGAAGGCAGCCCAGACAUGGCAUUGUAAUAAAGGAAAUCCAUGAUAGUGUGUGGUUGAGGAAGAGAGGAGGCAUUUAGAUUCAAAGAUGGCUCUUUUUAGUGUGUGCUUGUGUCAGAGGAUGUCACUUUACAAUAUUAGCUAGUUCUCUGCUGUCUGUGUGUCUGAAUGAAUGAAUAAGAUGGCACAUUCCACAGUAUAAGCCUGUUUUCUACUGUGUGUGUGCAGUGCUGAAGCCCUUGGUGGAGGUGCUGAGUGACCCAGACUUCCUGAACCUCAUGCUGCUGUCUCAGCUGGAGCACCGCGAGCAGCUCAACGAGCACCACAAGAAGGCUUAUACCUACGCCCCGUCCUACGAGGAGUUCAUCAAGCUCAUCAGCUCCUCCUCAGACGUCGACUUCCUCAAACAGCUCAGGUACAGACAGAGCAGCCCACCCAUCCUCCUGCUAGUGAGUCAGAUGUGUAUAGAUGCCCUGACUGACACAGAAGAGCUCCAGUUUUCUCAUUAGCCAUGCCGACACGUACACCUCAACCACGCUGUCUCGUGUCACCCCGACUUCACUUACGUGCGUCAUCAUACCAACACGUCACACCGUCUUUCCCUUUUAGCGUUGAGCGAUUUGUGCUUUUUGAAGUCAGUCGGGGUUAGGUUUUUGAAGAAUAAUCAGUUUUAAAUUUCAUUUGAAAUGUUUUAAACAAUGAAUUCAUUGUGGGUUCAAUGCUGUAACAACACAGAACAAAAAAAUUGAUGGUAGUGAGUGACUGCCCUUUACUAUCACUUAUUAUGCUCUAACCAUCAUUUAUUAACAUUACUUUAAUAAAAUAUUUUAGUUGUGUAUAUUACAUUUUUAUUUGAUGACUUAUUUUAUUCUAAGUCAUCAUCUCAUCUCUGCUCAGGCAGUAGCAGCCAGACUGCCUUUUAUCUCAGUGCUCCCCAAAGUCAUCGUUCAUGCUAGUAGGCUAGCCUAGCUGGCUAGCUGCCUGCUGUCUGACGAAAUCACUAUUUCAGUAGUACUUCAAAGUAGAUAAGUCAUACUUUUAAAACUGCUAAAUAACAACUACCAAUCAAUUAGAUGUAUUGUCAGGUAGAGAUACCUAACAACCACUCUCUAUCCCUCUGGUGUCUCUAUCGUUCUUCCUCUCUGUCUGCCGGCCCCACAGGAACCAAUGAGAACAGGCAGCUGUAGGUGCAAUGGAUUCUGGUCAUUGUAGUUAAUUAAGUUAAUCCUCUGACCAAGACAAUCCCUGGCUGCGGCCUCUCCUCUGACCAAGACAAUCCCUGGCUGCGGCCUCUCCUCUGACCAAGACAAUCCCUGGCUGCGGUCUCUCCUCUGACCAAGACAAUCCCUGGCUGCGGCCUCUCCUCUGACCAAGACAAUCCCUGGCUGCGGCCUCUCCUCUGACCAAGACAAUCCCUGGCUGCGGCCUCUCCUCUGACCAAGACAAUCCCUGGCUGCGGCCUCUGAUCAGGGUGCUUUACCUCCUCUCGGUGUUGGGCUGUGCUGUGUUCAGCUCUCCUGCAGGCUACAAUCAUUACUCCCUCCCUCUCUCUACCCCUUCCUCUCUUCCCCUCUCUCUUCCUCCCUCCACCGCCCACACUCUUAUGAGCCAUGCCAACCUGACGAAGAUCCUUGCAGGAUCUAAACGUUGUUUGUUAGUGAAUAAAGGUAUGUGGUGGAGCUUGUGAGUGUGCAGGCUCUGUUUCGUCAGCCUGUAGACAUAACACCACUGUGACAUCAAUAAGGGAUCAUAGCUUUCACCUGGUCAGUCUGUCAUGGACAGAGCAGGUGUUCCUAAUGUUUUGUACACUCAGUGUACAUACAGUGCCUUCGGAAAGUAUUCAGACCCCUUGACUUUUUCCACAUUUUGUUACGUUACAGCCUUAUUCUAAAAUGUAUUAAAUAUUAUUAUUAUUUUUCUCAUCAAUCUACACACAAUACCCCAUUAAGACAAAGCAAAAACAGGUUUUUAGAAAUGUUUGCUAAUAAAAAAAUAAAAUAAAAAAAAUCAAAUUUACAUAAGUAUUCAGACCCUUUACUCAGUACUUUGUUGACGCACCUUUGGCAGUGAUUACAGCCUCAAGUCUUCUUGGGUAUGACACUACAAGCUUGGCACCCCUGUAUUUGGGGAUUGUCUCCCAUUCUUCUCUGCAGAACCUCUCAAGCUCUGUCAGGUUGGAUGGGGAGCGUCGCUGCACAGCUAUUUCCAGGUCUCUCCAGAGAUGUUAGAUCGGGUUCAAGUCCGGGCUCUGGCUGGGCAACUCAAGGACAUUCAGAGACUUGUCCCGAAGCUACUCCUGCCUUGUCUUGACUGUGUGCUUAAGGUCGUUGUCCUGUUGGAAAGUGAACCUUCGCCCUUCGCCCCAGUCUGAGGUCUUGAGUGCUCUGGAGCAGGUUUUUAUCAAGGAUCUCUCUGUACUUUGCUCCGUUCAUCUUUCCCUCAAUCCUGACUAGUCUCCCAGGACCUGCCGCUCAAAAACAACCACAGCAUGAUUCUGCCACUGCCGUGCUUCACCGUAGGGAUGGUGCCAUGUUUCCUCCAGAUGUGACGCUUGGCAUUCAGGCUGAAGAGUUCAAUCUUGGUUUCUUCAGACCAGAGGAUCUUGUUUGACGAGACAGCCUACAGGUAGGAGGUGAGGGCUCUGGGAGUGUGGUGCCAGGAAAAUAACCUCUCACUCAACGUCAACAAAACAAAGGAGAUGAUCGUGGACUUCAUGAAACAGCAGAGGGUGCACCCCCCUAUCCACAUCUAUGGGACCGCAGUGGAGAAGGUGGAAAGCUUCAAGUUUCUUGGCGUACACAUCACUGACAAACUGAAAUGGUCCACCCACGCAGACCGUGUGGUGAAGAAGGCGCAACAGAGCCUCUACAACCUCAGGAGGCUGAAGAAAUUUGGCUUGGGCACCUAAAACCCUCACAAACUUUUACAGAUGCACAAUUGAGAGCAUCCUGUUGGGCUGUAUCACCGCCUGGUACGGCAACUGCACCGCCCGCAACCACAGGGCUCUCCAGAGGGUGGUGCGGUCUGCCGAACGCAUUACCGGGGGCAAACUACCCGCCCUCCAGGACACCUACAGCACCCGAUGUCACAGGAAGGCCAAAAAGAUAAUCAAGGACAUCAAUCACCCGAGCCACUGCCUGUUCACCCUGCUAUCAUCCAGAAGGCGAUGUCAGUACAAGUGCAUCAAAGCUGGGACAGAGAGAAUGAAAAACAGCUUCUAUCUCAAGGCCAUCAGACUGUUAAAUAGCCAUCACUAGCACAUUAGAGGCUGCUGCUGCCUAUUGAAAUCACUGGCCACUCCCUGUCUUAGGUCAGUUAGGAUCACCACUUUAUUUUAAGAAUGUGAAAUGUCAGAAUAAUAGUGGAGUGAUUUAUUUCAGCUUUUAUUUCUUUCAUCACAUUCCCAGUGGGUCAGAAGUUUACAUGCACUCAAUUAGUAUUUGGUAGCAUUGGCUUUAAAUUGUUUUUAACUUUGGUCAAAUGUUUCAGGUAGCCUUCCACAAGCUUCUCACAAUAAGUUGGGUGAAUUUUGGCCCAUUCCUCCUGACAGAGCUGGUGUAACUGAGUCAGGUUUGUAGGCCUCCUUGCUCGCACACGCUUUUUCAGUUCUGCCCAAAAAUGUUCUAUAGGAUUGAGAUCAGGGCUUUGUGAUGGCCACUCCCAAUACCUUGACUUUGUUGUCCUUAAGCCAUUUUUGCACAACUUUGGAAGAAUGCUUGGGGUCAUUGUCCAUUUGGAAGACCCAUUUGCGACCAAGCUUUAACUUCCUGACGGAUGUCUUGAGAUGUUGCUUUAAUAUAUCCACAUAAUUUUGUGAAGUGCACCAGUCCCUCCUGCAGCAAAGCACCCCCACAGCAUGAUGCUGCCACAGUGUUUCACGGUUGGGAUGGUGUUCUUCGGCUUGCAAGCUACCCCCUUUUUCCGCCAAACAUAACGAUGGUAAUUAUGGCCAAACAGUUAUAUUUUUGUUUCAUCAGACCAGAGGACAUUUCUCCAAAAAGUAUGAUCUUUGUCCCCAUGUGCAGUUGCAAACCGUAGUCUGGCUUUUUUAUGGCGGUUUUAGUGCAGUGGCUUCUUCCUUGCUGAGCGGCCUUUCAGGUUAUGUCGAUUAUAGGACUCGUUUUACUGUGGAUAUAGAUACUUUUGUACCCGUUUCCUCCAGCAUCUUCACAAGGUCCUUUGCUGUUGUUCUGGGAUUGAUUUUCACUUUUCGCACCAAAGUACGUUCAUCUCUAGGAGACAGAACGCGUCUCCUUCCUGAGCGGUAUGACGGCUGCGUGGUCUCAUGGUGUUUAUACUUGUGUACUAUUGUUUGUACAGAUGAACAUGGUACCUUCAGGCAUUUGGAAAUUGCUCCAAAGGAUGAACCAGACUUGUGGAGGUCUACAAUUUAUUUUGGCUGAUUUCUUUUGAUUUUCCCAUGAUGUCAAGCAAAGAGGCACUGAGUUUGAAGGUAGGCCUUGAAAUACAUCCACAGGUACACCUCCAAUUGACUCAAAUGAUGUCAAUUAGCCUAUCAGAAGCUUCUAAAGCCAUGACAUCAUUUUCUGGAAUUUUCCAAGCUGUUUUAAGGCACAGUCAACUUAGUGUCUGUACACUUCUGACCCACUGGAAUUGUGAUACAGUGAAUUAUAAGUGAAAUAAUCGGUCUGUAAACAAACAAUUGUUGGAAAAAUGACUUGUGUCAUGCGCAAAGUAAAAGUCCUAACCGACUUGCCAAAACUAUAGUUUGUUAACAAGAAAUUUGUGGAGAGGUUGAAAAACAAGUUUUAAUGACGCCAACCUAAGUGUAUGUAAAGUUCCGACUUCAACUGUAUAUACUGUAUUCUAUAAUAUUCUACUGUAUCUUAGUCCAUGCCGCUCUGUCAUUGCUUGUCCAUAUAUGUAUUCUUAAAUUCCAUUUCUUACUUAGAUUUGUGUGUAUUGGGUAUAUGUUGUGAAAUUUUUAGAUAUUACUUGUUAGAUAUUACUGCACUGUCGGAGCUAGAAGCACAAGCAUUUCGCUACACCCGCAAUAACAUCUGCUAAACAUGUGUAUGUGACAAAUAAAAUUUGAUUUGAUUUCUCAUGGUCUGAGAGUACUUUAGGUACCUUUUGGCAAACUACAAAGCGGGCUGUCAUGUGCCUUUUUUUAAUGAGGAGUGGCUUCCGUCUGGCCACUAUACCAUAAAGGCCUGAUUGGUUGAGUGCUGCGGAGAUGGUUGUCCUUCUGGAAGGUUCUCCCAUCUCCACAGAGGAACUCUGACCAAGGCCCUUCUCCCCCUGUUGCUCAGUUUGUUUGGGCGGCCAGCUCUAGGAAGAGUAUUGGUUGUUCCAGACUUCUACCAUUUAAGAAUGAUGGAGGUCACUGUGUUCUUGGGAGCUUUAAUGCUGCAUACAUUUUUGGGUACCCUUCCCCAGAUCUGUGCCUGGACACAAUCCUAUUUUGGAGCUCUACCGACAAUUCCUUCUACCUCAUGGCUUGGUUUUUGCUGGGCUUUAUGGGAGAGUGGCCAGACGGAAGCCAGUCCUGAGAAAAAGGCACAUGACCGCUGCUCCCCAUCUAACUUAAAAGAGCUUGAGAAAAUCUGCAAUGAAGAAUGGGGGGAAAAUCCAGAUGUGCAAAGCUUAUACAGACAUACCCAAGAUGACUCAAAGCUGUAAUCACCACCAAAGUAUUCUACAAAGUAUUGACUCGGGUGUGAAUGCACUCCCGAGUGGCGCAGUGGUCUGAGGCACUGCAUCUCAGUGCUUGAGGCGUCACUACAGACCGCCUGGUUCGAUUCCAGGCUGUUUCACACAACCGGCCGUGAUUGGGAGUCCCAUAGGGCGGCGCACAAUUGGCCCAGCGUCGUCCGGGUUUGGCCGGUGUAGGCCGUCAUUGUAAAUAAGAAUUUGUUCUUAACUGACUUGCCUAGUUAAAUAAAAUACAAAUAAAUAAAAUACAAAUGAGAUUUUGUAUUUAAUUUGAAGUAAGUUGGCAAACAUUUCUAAACAUGUUUUCACUUUGUCAUUAUGGGGUAUUGUGUGUAGAUGGGUGAGGGAAAAAAAAAUCUAUUUAAUUCAUUUUGAGUUCAGGCUGUAACACUGUGGAAUAUGUCAAGGGGUAUGAAUACUUUCCGAAGGCACUAGGCAUGCGUUCAGCUGGUGUUCAGCCUGCCGUGUGCCUGAUGAUCAGAGACUGCAUUUGAGGACCGACGUAUGCGUCCCAAAUGGCACCCUGUUCCCUGUAGUAUGCUACUUUUGUCCAGAGCCCUAUGGUAGUGCGCUAUAUAGGGAUGAGGGAGCCAUUUGGGAUGCAAACAGUGAAUUCCCUGUAGUUACUAGUGUAUGAUGAAUCAUCAAAGCAUCUUAUCAUACUGGAUCCAUCACAACUGUGGAUCCGUCCAAUCUUUCUGUACCGCACACUCUCUCAAAGUCAACAAUCAAUUGUUAAAACUAGUAAUGUUCUCCACAUCGAUCACAGGAUAUAGACCUUUUUAUUUAUUUCAUUUCUAAUAUGAAGCUAUAUUGAUCCAACUUUUUUUUCUAAAGCUCUCUGAGCCUUGGCAGUGUUCCCUUGAAGUAAGCAGCUGGCUGUGAGGCUAAUACGCUGCAAGGAUAGCCUGCUACAUUAUCUAAGGAUGACUCGUAUGUAUCUACUGUUGAUAAAGUCUGUUUACCAGAGGUGUCUGGUCUGAUUCUCAGUUAAGGAAAUAAUUUUGGCUAAAGUGUUCGUUAUCUUGCCAUGUCCAGCAGUUUAAACCUGUGGAUUUACAUUUUAGGCAUUUAACAGAGGCUCUUAUCCAGAGUCGAUUUACAGGAGUAAUUAGGGUUAAGUGCGUUGCUCAAAGGCACAUCGACAGAUUUUCCACCUAGUCGACUUGGGUAUUCGAACCAGCGACCUUUCGGUUACUUGCCCAACGCUCUUACUCGCUAGGCUACCUGCUGGAUAUAAGGCUUUUUACUAGCGAUGCACUUGCAGUAUCCAGACAGCUAAAUGAGCUAGCUUAGCAUGGUAGAUGUUGUAAUCAUAUUUAAGCCCACUGAUGACGAAGAGCUCUAGCUUAAAUUACACAGAACCUGCCUUGUUCGUAUACCUUACUGCUGGGUUUCCAUGGGAACUGAGCUUCAGUAAGAUGACUUGUACUGUAGCAGAGCGCUUUAUCAGGGAAUCAAAAACGGGUGUUUUAUAUCACUAUAACAUGUCUCUAAAACAGGGGUGUUUUAUCACUUAUUUGUUUAUUGUCCAAUGUUUAAUUCUAACAUUAGAUUAUUCAAAUAUGUAAUACAAAUCUCCAAACUUCUUUUUGUUAUGUUUUAUAGCACUAUUAAAUGCUCCAGGGCUAAUUUCGUUAGCAUUUUGGCAUGUUUUUAUAGAUUUUAGAAAAUAAAACAUUUUAUAAAGCAAACAUUAUCCCUUAGGUGUAGCACAGCACAUACUUCAAUUGUUUAAGCAUAUGUUGCAGAACAGUGAAUAUUGACAAAUUUGCUCUUAAAGUGGUCAGGGGUUAGGCAACAUAUACUCAGAACAGACACAUUUUUGCAAGUUCAAUGCAAACAUUUAUAAAAAUUGAGUCACCCUAUUCCCUAUAUAGUGCACUACUUUUGACCAGCGACACAGGCCCUGGUUAUAAGUAGUGUACUAUAUAGGGAAUAGGGUGCCAUUUGCGACGCAGACAGUGUUCCCAUGCAGACGGUGUUCCCAUGCAGACAGUUGAUACCUUCACUGACUAUUUUGUGCUGUAUUGUGCUAAUGUGCAGUCGGAAUGUAUUCAGACCCCUUGACCUUUCCCACAUUUUGUUAUGUUACAGCCUUAUUCUAAAAUUGAUUUAAAUUGUUUUUUUCCCUCAUCAAUCUACACACAAUACCCCGUAAUGACAAAUCAAAAACAGGUUUUAGACAUUUUAGCAAAUGUAAAAAAAAAAAAACUAAAAAAACAACUAUCACAUUUCCAUAAGUACUCAGACCCUUUACUCAGUACUUUGUUGAAGCACCUUUGGCAGCGAUUACAGCCCCGACUCUUCUUGCGUAUGACGCUACAAGCUUGGCACACCUGUAUUUGGGGAGUUUUUCCCGUUCUUCUCUGCAGAUCCUCUCAAGCUCUGUCAGGUUGGAUGGGGAGCAUCCCUGCACAGCUAUUUUCACAUCUCCAGAGAUGUUUGAUCGUGUUCAAGUCCAGGCUUUGGCUGGGCCACUCAAGGACAUUCAGAGACUUGUCCCGAAGCCACUCCUGCGUUGUCUUGUUGGAAGGUGAACCUUCGCCCCAGUCUGCGGUCCUGAGCGCUCUGGAGCAGGUUUUCAUCAAGGAUCUCUCUGUACUUUGCUCCAUUCAUCUUUCCCUCUCCUGACUAGUCUCCCAGUCCCUGCCACUGAAAAACAUCCCCACAGCAUGAGGCUGCCACCACCAUGCUUCACCAUAGGGAUGGUGCCAGGUUUCCUCCAGACGUGACUCUUGGCAUUCAGGCCAAAGAGUUCAAUCUUGGUUUCAUCAGACCAGAGAAUCAUGUGCCUUACUGAGGAGUGGCUUCCGUCUGGCCACUCUACCAUAAAGGCCUGAUUGGUGGAGUGCUGCAGAGAUGGUUGUCCUGGAAGGUUCACCCAUCUCCACAGAGGAACUCUGGAGCUCUGUCAGAGCGGCCAUUGGGUUCUUGGUCACCUCCCUGACCAAGGCCCUUCUCCCCCGAUUACUCAGUUUGGCCGGGCCAGCCAGCUCUAGGAAGAGUCUUGGAGGUUACAAACAUCUUCCAUUUAAGAUUGAUGGAGGCCACUGUGUUCUUGGGGACCUUCAAUGCUGCUGAAAUCUUCUGGUACCCUUCCCCAGAUCUGUGCCUCGACGCAAUCCUGUCUCAGAGCUCUAUGGACAAUUCCUUCUACCUCAUGGCUGGGUUUUUGCUCUGACAUGCACUGUCAACUGUGGGACCUUAUAUAGACGUGUGUGUGUGUGUGUGUGUGUGUGUGUGUGUGUGUGUGUGUGUGUGCCUUUCCAAAUCAUGUCCAAUCAAUUGAAUGUACCACAGGUGGACUCCAAUCAAGUUGUAGAAACAUCUCAAGGAUGAGCAAUGGAAACAGGAUGCACCUGAGCUCUAUUUAGAGUCUCAUAGCAAAGGGUCUAAAUACUUAUUUACGUAUUUCUAAAAACCUGUUUUUGCUUUGUCAUUAUGGGGUAUUGUGUGUAGAUUGAUGAGUGAAAUGUUUUAUUUAAUCCAUUUUUAGAAUAAGGCUGUAACGUAACAAAGUGGAAAAAGUCAAGGGUUCUGAAUACUUUUCUGAAGUACUAUAUGUCUGAAUGUCUAAUGCUCUAUGUAAUGUUUGUGACGUUGCAUGUGUGUCUCUGUCUUAAGCUGACAUGCUGUAUGAUGCAAAAAGUAUUUCCUAAUGGAUACAAUGGUCAUCAUCCCAAUCAUCAUAUCUACCCAUAGCCAAGGCCACAUGGCCUUGAACUACCAUCUGCAUUACAUGUAGUUGACUGUAAUGAGGUAAUUACAGGCAAACCAGUCUGUCUGUGAGAGUGGCAGAGGGAGCAAUAUUCCCUACUAAAUAUUCAACACCAUUCUAUGGGGCCCUGCCGUCUAUUGCAUUUAUUUGACGUCUCUGGUCAUUUGAGCCGAGGAAUGAUGAGGCGGCGAGAACGCAAAAUGAUUGCAAUUAGUGUCUUCAUCUCCACUUGCUUGAAGUCAUCAUUUCAUUGGCACUUUAAUCGCUUAUUUCACCGGAACAGCUGAUGCUCUCAUGCAUGCUUCAGUGUUGCAUGCCUCGACACGAGCAUAUAAGUGAUUUAGCUCGUCUGGUAGGCUCGUGUCACUGGGCAGCUCGCGGCUGUGCUUCCCUUUGUAGUCUAAUAGUUUUCAAACCCUGCCACAUCCGACAACUUAACCAUAAAUUACAUACGUCUUACUAUUAUGGAGGAUGGCUCUUUGAGCAGGCAUACAGGUGGAUGACCGUCCUGUUUUCAAUUAUACUAAUGGUACGGUAUUCCCGCUGAAACACAACCCAUCUUGUUCUCCCCGUCUCCUCUCCACUCCUUCUGUAGGUACCAGAUCGUGGUGGAGAUCAUUCAGGCCACCACCAUCAGCAGCCUCCCCCAGCUGAAGAAACAGAAAGGUAGGCCAUGAACAACAACUGCACUGCCUCUAGUGAACAACCUCCAUACAUAGUGUCCUCCAGCUACAGUCUGUGUUCUAGACCGUAUUCACAAAGCGUCAAGAGUAGGAGUUCUGAUCUAGGAUCAGGUCCCCCCCCUGUCCAGUUGAUCUUAUUUAAUGUGAACUAAAAGGGAAAACUGAUUCUAGAUCCGCACCCAUACUCUGAGAUGCUUUAUGUUUACGGGUCCAGGCCUAUAACAGCUCUGACGUCAAUGUAGUCUGAUGUUGCAUCUGUGACUAAGAGCUAAAAGGCCCCAUCUGUGUGUCUGAAUCUUCCUCCAUCUAUGAUUGACAGCUGGGCAGUUACCAAGGUGUCGGCACGGUGAUUACCCAGAGAAAUAUUCCUGGAAAUUUCCUAUGAGGCGAAGGUUCUUUAUGAGCCAGUGAAUACGUUAAAAUGUUUCUCUCAGCGAGCUGCAAUGUGCUGCGUACUGGAAACUGACAGGCUGGAAGCUAAAUGUCAUUCACUGACAGAUCUCGCACACAGCAGAAAGGACAGGCUGACGUUGUCAGUCUUCACCUUUUCUCAGAUGAAUGGAGCGAAAUGAUUCGGAGAAAGCGGGGGGAUGAUUUGUAUGUGAUGAAUGAGAAAGACAUUGUGGCAACUCCAAUGUGAGCUAAAAGCUGUUCACUUGAUCCUCUCUCGCCUCAUCUGCCUCCCAGCCAGGCUCUCAUUACCUCUGUACAGGGGGGAAAUUCAGUUAUGUUUGGAGAAAGGCAGAUGUUUCCUACACAACGUAGUGCGUCAUGUUCUCAUUCACCCCCCUCUAGUCCAUCCAGAGACGUCAUGUUGAAAGUAGAUGUAAAAUGAGUUGUCUGAAUCAUCCUAGCACAGUAAUGGGGAUGGUUUGGAACUCGAUAGAUUGCUGAAGUGUCAAUUUGUCUGAAAGAUUCAUGUCCCAUCAUCUCCUAUCUGUCUGAGACCUGUAGGGUUCUCUUGUUCUCUCUGUCUGAGGGAGCUAGUUUUAUUGGUCUCAUUUCAAGGUUGAGAAAGAAUCUCGUCUCAUCACUAUCUGAAGGGCUGUGCCUUUGAUUUUUCUUGUGGUGAUUGCUGAAUGUGCUAGCCAAUGCGUCUUUGGUGGUCACUUUGAUUAACUUAUAAAAUCUUUGGAUUAAAGCAUCUGUGGCCUCUGUGGUGGUAUUUAACUGAUCAAAUGUAUAUUUUAAAUAUACUAAGAUGUCCUCCGACAACUCGUCCCUACAGACAGUAAAGGGAAGGAGACUGCAGCCAUGAAGGCCGACCUGCUCAGAGCACGCAACAUGAAGCGCUACAUCAACCAGCUGACCGUGGCCAAGAAGCAAUGUGAAAAACGCAUCCGUCUCCUGGGGGGCCCCAACUAUGAACAGCAGGAGGAGGGUUCCACGGACGAGGGAGAGGGGCCCCAGAGUCAGAGGGUAUGACUGCGCACACACACACACACACAAUGCCCAGUGUUGACGUUUGGCUAGGGUUCAUGUCCAUCUGUCUGCAAUCCCUCUGCUCUAAACCCUCAACCUAAAAAAACCUCAACUCUCUAAUCAAAUCAACAACAAAAAAUGUUGGCACAUGCGCCGAACAAAACAGGUGUAGACCUUACCUUGAAAUGCUUACUUACAAGCCCUUAACCAUCAAUGCAGUUUUAAGAAAAUAUUUACUAAAUAAACUGAAGUUUAAAAAAAGUUACACAAUAAAAUAACAAUAACGAGGCUAUAUACAGGGGGUACCGGUACCGAGUCAAUGUGCGGGGGUACAGGGUUAGUUGAGGUAAUAUAUACAUGUAUGUAGGGGUGAAGUGACUAUGCAUAGAUAAUAAACAGCGAGUAGCAAAAAAGGGGGGGGGGGGUGUCAAUAAUAAUAAUAAUAGUCCGGGUAGCAAUUUGAUUAGAUGUUCAGCAGUCUUAUGGCUUGGGGGUAGAAGCUGUUAAGGAGCCUUUUGGACCUAGACCUGGCGCUCCGGUAACGCUUGCCGUGCGGUAGCAGAGAGAACAGUCUGACUAGGGUGGCUGGAGUCUUUGGCAAAUUUUAGUGCCUUUCUCUGACACCGCCUGGUAUAGAGGUCCUGGAUGGCAGGAAGCUUGGCCCCAGUGAUGUACUUGGCCGUACGCACUACCCUCUGUAGCGCCUUACGGUCAGAUGCCGAGCAGUUGCCAUACCAGGUUGUGUCGCCACCAGUCAGGAUGCUCUUGAUUGUGCAGCUGUAUCUUUUUGAGGAUCUGAGGACACAUGCCAAAUCUUUUCAGUCUCCUGAGGGGGAAUAGGCGUUGUCGAGCCCUUUUCACGUCUGUCUUGGUGUGUUUGGACCAUGACCAUUUGUUGGUAAUGUGGACACCAAGGAACUUGAAGCUCUCGACCUGCUCCACUACAGCCCCGUCGAUGAGAAUGGGGGCGUGCUCGACCCUCCUUUUCCUGUAGUCCACAAUCAUAUCCUUUGUCUUGAUCACUUUGAGGGAGAGGUUGUUGUCCUGGCGCCACACUGCCUGUUCUUUGACCUCCUCCCUAUAGGCUGUCUCAUCGUUGUCGGUGAUCAGGCCUACCACCGUUGCGUCGUCUGCAAACUUAAUGAUGGUGUUAGUGUCGUGCCUGGCCACGCAAUCGUGGGUGAACAGGGAGUACAGGAGGGGCCUGAGCACGCACCCCUGAGGUGCCCCUGUGUUGAGGAUCAGCGUGGUAGAUGUGUUGUUGCCUACCCUUACCACCUGGGGGUGGCCCGUCAGGAAGUCCAGAGGGAGGUGUUUAGUCCCAGGGUCCUUAGCUUAGUGAUGAGCUUUGAGGGCACUAUGGUGUUGACUGCUGAGCUGUAGUCAAUGAACAGCAUUCUCACGUAUGCGUUCCUUUUGUCUAGGUGGGAAAAGGCAGUGUGGAGUGCAAUAGAGAUUGUGUCAUCUGUGGAUCUGUUGGGGCGGUAUGCGAAUUGGAGUGGGUCUAGGGUUUCUGUGAUGGUGUUUGUGAGCCAUGACCAGCCUUUCAAAGCACUUCAUGGCUACAGGACGUGAGUGCUACAGGUCGGUAGUCAUUUAGGCAGGUUACCUUGGUGUUCUUGGGUACAGGGACUAUGGUGGUCUGCUUGAAACAUGUUGGUAUUACAGACUCAGUCAGGGACAUGUUGACAAUGUCAGUGAAGACGCUUGCCAGUUGGUCAGCGUAUGCUCGGAGUACACGUCCUGGUAAACUCAUUCCAUGUAGUGUCGGCUGGUCUUUUGGUUUUUCCUUUCAUUUAAGACCUAUUGUAACUGUAUUUGAGUGUCAUUAAACAUGACUGUGCUUUAAUGAAUGUGGGCCUGGCAUUCCCUCAUCUUGAGGUCAGCGACUGAUCGGAUGGGGCUCUGUUCAAAAGUAGAGCACUAUAUGUAGGAAAUGGGCUGCCAUUUGGGAUGCAGCCUGUGUCAGCCCAACCCGAACACCCUGUUGGAACAUUGCCCCAUUAGUCCCCUAAGGACAUAAUGGCUGAGCUCUCAAUGUUUUUGACAAUCAGUGUCUGUAUCUGGCAGUGAUGAACAACCCCAGGUCUCCUCACCACACUGAGCGGUGCUCCACUCUGUUCAUUUUUUUGUUGUCACCUUUAAAUUGGCUGGCUAACCUUCAAAUCAAUGGCAUUUAUUGACUGGCGAAGUCACAGCCCAUCUUCAUCCUCAAUAGACACUGGCUCCUACCCUAUUCCCUACAUAGUGGACUACUUUUGACCAAAGCCCUUUUUUAAAAGUAGUGACCUAAUUAAUAUAGGGAAUUGGGUGCCAUUUGGGAUGCAGAAUCUACUGUUCUCUGGGUCCAGUAUACAGGGUUCCUAUGGUCAUGAAAGUCCUGGAAAAGUCAUGAAAUUGUACAAUUGUGUUUUCCAGGCCUCAAAGUUUUGGAAAAUAAUUUAAUUUCUGUUAAGGUAAUUUAUUUAGGCACAGUUGCAUUAGUUGGGAUUCGGUUCAAUCAAAUCAUGUGAAUCAAAAGAUUAACUUGUGAAUCGCGAACAGUAAUUUUAGAGACAAAUAUUUGAAGUAGCCUUUCUUUUGGAUUAUGUCGCUUCAAGACUUGUUUUGUAGAUAUUUCUAGUCGAUUUGGGCAUCCAAUGUAAGGGACAUUGCUAGUCAGCCUGCAAAGUAAACACUUCUAAGGACUUCUGAGGUAGCUAAGUGCCUUCAGAAAGUAUUCACACCCCUGGACUUUUCCCACAUUUACUUGUAUUACAAAGUGGUAUUAAAAUUGAUUUAAUAUACUUUUUUUUUUACAUUACGAUAUACAUAAUGCUCCGUCAAAGUGGAAGAAAAGUUCAAACACAAAUACAGUGGCGGUCAGUGCCGUUUAAGAUGAGGGAGGACAACUUUUUUUUUUUCAUGAGCGUGGCCUUAUUUCUAUUACAGCAUAAUGGAUGACUGUCAUUCAUAUUCCGUUCACCCAGUUCAAUGUAACAGCGAUAGGUUUAGACUACUACACGAUACUAGAAUUUUCUGAGGUUGCUACAACCUAGCCUAUGAAUAAAAGUUUACAACCUAGGUGCACACAGUUCGAGAGAAAUUUGAGGUGACAGAGAGCGACAGAUGGUCAGACAGUGACACAUUUAGUAACGCCUUGCAUACUCUUGCCUGCAUCUAGCUGAUAUAGGGUGUAAUCAUUAGUCCAACAGUUGCAAAUGAGAGUUUCUAUUGGACAAAUUCAGGUAUAUUUAUCCCUGUUUCGCUCCAUUUGCUUCCGUUUAAGAAAAGUUUUUCAACAUAAUCGCCAGAAUGAAUAGACCCCUGAUCACGCGUAAACACAGUUCACUUUCAUAGCAGCCACGUUGUAUUCCUUCUCGCAUCUAUGCACUCUCCUCCUCUCACCUUGUCCCUUCGCUCGUGGACUUCAAUGCACAACACAUCAGCUGUAUGUGACCAGGCAAAAAAACCUUUCUAAGCCAAAUCAUAACCGCUACAUCGUUGUCACUAUAUUAGCUAAAAUAACGUAAACUUAGCUAACAUAACUAACACGUUAAUAAGCCCGCUACAAUCAUGCGGUAAUGUUAGUGGACAGUCAGUAAGCAGUUUAGCACUUACAACGGCGGGCCCCUGUGGCAAUAUAUUAGUCAAACCAAAAGCUUACCUUGACUUGGAAGCGUUCCUGUGUUGGAUAGUCAUAGCCAGCUAGCUAAAAUAGCAUUAUUCUGUUUGAGCAGGGCUUUUGAGUAGGCUAAACUAGGUAGCUGCAUUUGCUAGCUAAGUAAGUGAAAGUGAAAGAAAAUGACAAUCUCUCUUGCUUCUCCUUCAUUUAGGAAAAACCAUUUUUAACAUUAAUUUUAACUAUUGUCUUUCUCUCUCUUUGGGACAACCACUCAACACAUUUUAUGCAUUGCUAGCUAGCUGUAGCUUAUGCUUUCAGUACUAGAUUAAUUAUCUGAUCCUUUGAUUGGGUGGACAACAUGUCAGUUCAUGCUGCAAGAGCUCUGAUAGGUUGGAGGACGUCCUCCGGAUGUUGUCAUAAUUACUGUGUAAGUCUAUGGAAGGGGGUGAGAACCAUGAGCCUCCUAGGUUUUGUAUUGAAGUCAAUGUACCCAGAGGCGGACGGAAGCUAGCUGUCCUCCGGCUUCACUAUGGUGCUACACUACAGAGUGCUGUUGAGGCUACUGUAGACCUUCAUUGCAAAAUAAUGCGUUUUAAAUUAAUUAUUUGUUGACAUGAUUAUAUUUAGUAUCGUUUUAUCUAAAAAUGAUCACUUUUUAAAUGGUUUACAAUUUUUUAUUUUUAUGAAAUUCACUGGGAAGGAUGGUCCUCCCCUUCCUCCUCUGAGGAGCAUCCACUGCUUGAUUAGAUAAGUAUUCACACCCAAUACAUGUUAGAAUCACCUUUAGCGGCAAUUCUAGUAUUUGGUAGCAUUGCCUUUUAAAUUGUUUAACUUGGAUCAAACGUUUCGGUAGUCUUCCACAAGCUUCCCACAAUAAGUUGGGUGAAUUUUGGCCCAUUCCUCCUGACAGAGCUGGUGUAACUGAGUCAGGUUUGUAGGCCUCAUUGCUCGCACACGCUUUUUCAGUUCUGCACACAUUUUCUAUAGGAUUGAGUUCAGGGCUUUGUGAUGGCCACUCCAAUAUCUUGACUUUGUUGUACUUAAGCCAUUUUGCCACAACUUUGGAAGUAUGCUUGGGGUCAUUGUCCAUUUGGAAGACCCAUUUGCGACCAAGCAUUAGCUUCCUGACUGAUGUCUUGAGAUGUUGCUUCAAUAUAUCCACAUCAUUUUCCUUCCUCAUGAUGCCAUCUAUUUUGUGAAGUGCACCAGUGCCUCCUGCAGCAAAGCACCCCCACAGCAUGAUGCUGCCACCCCUGUGCUCAUGGUUGGGAUGGUGUUCUUCAGCUUGCAAGCUACCCCCUUUUUCCUCCAAACAUAACGAUGGUCAUUAUGGCCAAACAGUUCUAUUUUUGUUUCAUCAGACCAGAGGACAUUUCUCCAAAAAGUACGAUCUUUGUCCCCAUGUGCAGUUGCAAACCGUAGUCUGGCUUUUUUAUGGCGGUUUUGGAGCAGUGGCAUCUUCCUUGCUGAGCGGCCUUUCAGGUUAUGUCAAUAUAGGACUCGUUUUACUGUGGAUAUAGAUACUUUUGUACCUGUUUCCUCCAGCAUCUUCACAAGGUCCUUUGCUGUUGUUCUGGAAUUGAUUUUCACUUUUCGCACCAAAGUACGUUCAUCUCUAGGAGACAGAACGCAUCUCCUUCCUGAGCGGUUUGACGGCUGCGUGGUCCCAUGGUGUUUAUACUUGCGUACUAUUGUUUGUACAGAUGAAUGUGGUACCUUCAGGCAUUUGGAAAUUGCUCCAAAAGGAUGAACCAGACUUGUGGUGUUCUACAAUUUAUUUUCUGAGGUCUUGGCUGAUUUCUUUUGAAUUUCCCAUGAUGUCAAGCAAAGAGGCACUGAGCUUGAAGGUAGGCCUUGAAAUACAGUGAGGGGAAAAAAGUAUUUGAUCCCCUGCUGAUUUUGCUACGUUUGCCCACUGACAAAGACAUGAUCAGUCUAUAAUUUUAAUGGUAGGUUUAUUUGAACAGUGAGAGACAGAAUAACAUCAAAAUCCAGAAAAACGCAUGUCAAAAAUGUUAUAAAUUGAUUUGCAUUUUAAUGAGGGAAAUAAGUAUUUGACCCCUCUGCAAUACAUGACUUAGUACUUGUUGGCAAAACCCUUGUUGGCAAUCAGAGGUCAGACGUUUCUUGUAGUUGGCCGCCAGGUUUGCACACAUCUCAGGAGGGAUUUUGUCCCACUCCUCUUUGCAGAUCUUCUCCAAGUCAUUAAGGUUUCGAGGCUGACGUUUGGCAACUCGGAACUUCAGCUCCCUCCACAGAUUUUCUAUGGGAUUAAGGACUGGAGACUGGCUAGGCCACUCCAGGACCUUAAUGACGUACAAAAUCAGCAGGGGAUCAAAUACUUUUUUCCCUCACUGUACAUCCACAGGUACACCUCCAAUUGGUCUCAUGGUGUUUAUACUUGUGUACUAUUGUUUGUACAGAUGAACAUGGUACCUUCAGGCAUUUGGAAAUUGCUCCCAAGGAUGAACCAGACUUGUGGAGGUCUACAAUUUAUUUUCUGAGGUCUUGGCUGAUUUCUUUUGAUUUUCCCAUGAUGUCGAGCAAAGAGGCACUGAGUUUGAAGGUAGGCCUUGAAAUACAUCCACAGGUACACCUCCAAUUGACUCAAAUGAUGUCAAUUAGCCUAUCAGAAGCUUCUAAAGCCAUGACAUCAUUUUCUGGAAUUUUCCAAGCUGUUUAAAGGCACAGUCAACUUAGUGUAUGUAACUUUUGACCCACUGGAAUUGUGAUACAGUGAAUUAUAAGUGAAAUAAUCUGUCUGUAAACAAUUGUUGUAAAAAUUACUUGUGUCAUGCACAAAGUAGAUGUCCUAACCGACUUGCCAAAACUAUAGUUUGUUAACAAGAAAUUUGUGGAGUGGUUGAAAAACAAGUUUUAAUUACUCCAACAUAAGUGUAUGUAAACUUCUGACUUCAACUGUAUUUAGGCUUGCCAUAACAAAGGGGUUGAAUACUUAUUGACUCAAGACAUUUCAGCCUUUAAUUGUUAAUUAAUUUGUAAAACCUUAGAAAAACAUAAUUCCACUUUGACAUUAUGGGGUAUUGUGUGUAGGCCAGUGACAUUUUUUAUUUUAUCCUGACUUUAACACAACAAAAUGUGGAAAAAGUCAAGAGGUGUGAAUACUUUCUGAAGGCACUGUAAAUGACUAAACUCUAAAAGGUACAUUUCUUGAAGAAAAUGUGUAGGCUUGCUUCAGCUGAAUAAAAAGAUUUGUAGCCUACCGUAGCUAUUUGAUCUAUAUUGAAUGAGCUAAUUAUUUUAAAAGGCAUAAAAGGUAUUUGGUUGUUAUGUUAUGCAUCAAGGGUGGUCAACCAUCCUCCAGGAGAGCUAAUGGGUGUGCGGGUUUUUAUUCCAGUCCCCCUCUAACAAACCACAUUUUAGAAAUGAGCUGCUCAACCGGACCUUGAUAAACUGGCUCUGAUGUGUUUGAGUAGGGCUAGAUCAAAAGUCUGCACACCCAGCAGCUCUCCAGGCUGUGGGUUGACCACAUCUGUUUUAUACAGUUGCUUAAUAGGUAUUACUUUGUGGAGGUUAAGUGCCUUGCACAGCGACAGGAGAUGGUACAUGGGAUCAGAGGGCAGACUCCCACUGUCAAUAACACAUUACGCUUACUUUUUUAUACAUACGUAGACGCCGGCAAUUGUUGGGCAUGGGAAUUUGGUUAAAAGUCAUGGAGUCAUGAAAUUCCAUCUUUCAAAAUGUGUAUGAACACUAAGUAUAGGUAUUGUACCUCUAUGUAAACCCCCUGUGGUGUGUUCUGUCUGUUCCCUGUAGAUCCUCCAGUUUGAAGAGAUCAUGUCUAACCCAGGGUUCCGGGAGCACUUCCGUGUCUACAUGGAGCGAGUGGACAAGAGGGCUCUCAUCAGCUUCUGGGAGCUAGUGGAGAUGCUCAAGACUGCCAACAAGGUAAAGUUGUCACAUCCUCCAAAAGCAAACGUUAAACCAGUGUUAGUGACUACUGACAUCAUGUAAAAUAUCUCAGACUUGUAAUAUUACUCUGAGACUUGUGGUGAAAGUGAAUCUGUCUAUUAAAGCUGAAAACCCAGUGCACAUCCUGACUCGUGUUUUCCCAGAACGAGGUUCCCCAGCUGGUGGGGGAGAUCUACCAGAACUUCUUUGUGGAGAGCAGGGAGAUCCCGGUGGAGAAGGCCCUGUACAAGGAGAUCCAGCAGACCCUGGUGGGGAACAAGGGCACGGACGUGUUCCACCGGAUCCAGGGGGAUGUGUAUGAGACCAUGAAGGAGCGCUACUACCCCUCCUUCCUGGUCUCUGACCUCUACGAGAGGCUCAUCAGGAGAGAGGAGCAGCAGAGCAGCUCCCAGUCCAGCAGCGAGGACAAGGACGAAGGGGUGAGCUGGGUAGGGGACACACACUGGCACAGACGUAGACGUACACACCAACCAGCAUAUGCUCCUGUGUGUAUAUUUGUACAGACAGGAUGCACAUUUUACUAUGUGAGUCAUCAGACUAAUUGCAAAUAUAAAAAGGAUAGCUACAGUGUUGUCGACAGAGUACCACUGUAUACCACAGAGUCAUAAUAACCAGAAAACCUAGCGGUCAAACAGGGAAAUAGUUCCAAUCGUUUUUUGCUCCAUACAUUUUUCCCAUAGGGUAUUUUAGAAACCCUUAAAAUAAGGGCUGUGUUUCAUGUAGACUUCCCCUGGCGUGGCGUUUUGAUAACCGUGUAAAUCUCUCUAGGACAAGGUGACUGUAUUUACCUCUCAAAAAUGAAAUGCUAAUUAGCUGCUAAUGUGGCUAUCAUAAAGAACUACAAAUGCCGCGAUGAUCUGGACGAGACUGCCGAAUUGAGGCAAAGGGAAGAAUCUCUGCAUUAACUAUCUAAUGUUAGCUACAUUUAUUAAUCAAUAAAUUGGAAACAUUUCUUUAAAUGGACAAUUCUGUGAACUGUCUUGUGCAAGUUUUAAAUUGACACAAUACCUGUUAGCAAAGGUGUCCUGCUAGAGAUGACGUACAGGAGCUUGCAGGGACUUGUAGUCUUGCAUGAUGUCUACUUUGCUAAUUAGCAUUUUCGAAUCUGAGAGUAAAUGCAGGAGAAUAUAUUGAUAAGUCGCCUUGUCCGAGAGAGAUUUACAUGGUUAUCAAAACGUCACGCCAGGGUAAGCCUACAUGAAACACAGCCAUUAUUUUAAGUGUUUCUAAAAUCCCCUAUGGGGAAAAACGAUUGCAACCAUUUCCCUGUUUGACCGCUAGGUUUUCUGGGUAUUACGACACCUCCACUGUGGGGCUCUAUUAGCAUUGUGUCAAGCUCAGCCACGUUUGUAUUAUCAGCAUCAUCAAAACUUCCUCCACCUCUCUGCACAGCUCCAGGUUCUGGAGGGAGGAGAGGAGGCGCUGGACGAGGGCACUAAAGGCAUCAAUGAGCAGGCCAGCUACGCUGCCAACAAGCUGCGCCAGCUCUACGACAAGCUGGAGUACAAACGUCAAGCCCUGGGCUCUAUCCAAAAUGCCCCCAAGCCAGACAAAAAGGUACCCCACUACACCGUCCAGCUGCUAUAGUUUCAAUGCAUGGUGAAUGUGUUUUAGAAGUUUUUAUUUUUUAUUUUUAUGGACUCUGAUAUCGAGCAUACACUCAAGGAUGCAUCUUCUCUAUUUAUGGCUACUUGACAAAUACAAAAGCCCAUCAUUGACUGUGCUGCUGUCAUUUACCUGCAGGCCAAGCUCUCUCUGUCUCUAUCUGUCUCUCUCUGUCUCUCCUUGUGUCUCCCUAUGUGUGAUGGCAUUCAUAAAGAAUCCAUUAAUUGUUCCCUGAAAGAAUGGCUGCCCCUGCCUGUAAUACAAGUAGCCCUUAUAUUGACUGAACAGCCACCUUUAAAUCUAAUUUUAUUUGUCACAUGCUUCGUAAACCACAGGUGUAGACUAACAGUGAAAUGCUGACUUACGGGUCCUUCCCAGCAAUGCAGAGAGACAAAUAGAAAUAAUAAAAACAUUUUAAAAUAAUUUAAUCUUCUAUGAGACACAGGCCAGCUGUCUCUUUUCUAGCAGGUUGUUACUGUGUCUGGGGGAGAGCGAUCUUUUGACUGAUUUGUGUGUGUGUGUGUGCUGUCCUUUCUCAGAUUGUAUGUAAGCUGAAGGAGGAGAUUGGGGCCAUGGAGAAGGAGCACAGUGACCUGCAGCUGCACAUCUCCCGCACAGACUGGUGGUGUGAGAACCUGGGCUCCUGGAGGGCCCUCAUCACAACAGCUGAGGUGAAUGAGACAAACACACACACACACACACACACACACACAGCACCAUCCCAACUCUAAGUCAUUGACUGUGUUCCAGUGAUAUGACAGCAGCUCAGCAGUGAGCUCUCUGCUCUCCUGUGUCCAUUGCUCCAGUACCUCUGGCAAAACUCAAACAGAUGAAACUCUGAUCUGAGAGCAUCUGCACCUUCCGGAACCUUUAUUACACACUGCACUAAUGACAGAGCUUCUCUCUAGUCUAGAUGGAUGAGAGCGAGGUAGGAGCUCAGACUGAGGAAGAAAAUACAAACUGAAAGCAAGGAUAAAAUGAUACCAGUCAUCGUUUGUAUGGUGUUAUUGAUUGGACUACAGAUAUAGGAUCUUAAUUUGAUCAUCUUGUUGCAGGAGAACUUUCCUGCAAUGCAGGAAAUGUAAAACGUGUAGUGUAUUUGAGGUUUAAUAAGUCUUCUGAAGUUUGUAAUUUCCACUUUGACAUUUCAGACUUGAUUUUCCCUUACGAAAAAUGUAUCAACCCCUACAAAAAUCUCCAUAAAUGAUAUUAUUAUAAUCCACAUAAUAAUUCACAUUUCCUGUUGCUGUAUGAUUGUUUUUCCUGCUGUAGUAAACUGGCUCAAAUUAAGAUCCUACAUCUGUACUUUGUGUGACGAUCGCCUUUUAUCUCCUUCAAAUCACAUUUUAUUUCUCACAUGUGUUGAAUACAACAGGUGUAGACCUUACCGUGAAAUGCUUACUUACAAGCCCUUAACCAACAAUGCAGUUUUUAAGAAAAAGUGAGAAACAUUUGCUAAAAGGAAAAAUAGUAACACAAUAAAAUAACAAUAACGAGGCUAUAUACAAUUUAAGCUGUUCCUGUUUGUGGAAGGAAGGACGAGGGCCUAAUUUGCAUAUUAGUCCUCACGCUUCAUCUAGUCUGGGAGACACGCUGUGAUUAAUGCUUUGUCUGUUAAUUGGAUGCGGAACAUCUAAACGCAGGCGGCCGGAAGGAACGCCCCUCUACUCACUCCCCCCUCCAAGGCCUAAUGCUAUGCUGCUAAGAUAAUAGCCAUGUCGGUUUCUGCUCAGCCAAAAGCACAUUUGUGUUUGUAGUGAUGUUCAAUUAAGCAUGGUAGUGUUGUCUCCAAUUCUUCAUUAGGGUAAUGAGCUAAUCAGCCAACCUUUUAAAAAUGUCCUUUAGUCAGAGUUAAUUCAUUCUCAUCAUUGGAGUGUUUUCUUAGCAUGCUCUCAUUGAUACAGUGUACUGAUUGAUACAGUGACUGUUCUUUAGGGCUGGGAAUUGCAUACUUAGGUGCCAAUACGAUAUGUAUUGCGACUCUCCCGAAGGUGUGGGGGCGGCAGGUAGCCUAGCGGUUAAGAGCGUUCGAAUCCCCAAGCCUGCAAGGUGGAAAAAUCUGCCGUUCUGCCCUUGAGCAUGGCAGUUAAACCCCAACGACUCCUCCCCGGCCGCCGAUGACAUGGACAUCGAUUAAAGCAGCCCCCCCGCACCUCUCUGAUUCAGAGGGGUUGGGUUAAAUGCGGAAGACACGUUUGGGUUGAAUGAAUUGUUGUGCAACUGACUAGGUAUCCCCCUUCACGAUUCUAUAUGUAUUGACAACUCACUAGGUAUCCCCUUAACCUUCACAAUUCUAUUUUUUUUUUUGGGGGGGGUGGAUUUUAACCCUCUUUUUCUCCCCAAUUUCGUGGUAUCGAAUUGGUAGUAGUUAGUCCCUGUCCCAUCGCUGCAACUCCCGUACGGACACGGGAGAGGCGAAGGUCGAGAGUCGUGCGUCCUCCGAAACACAACCCAACCGAGCCGCACUGCUUCUUGACACAGUGCCCGCAUAACCCGGCUACGACAUAGCCUGGACUCGAACCAGGAUCUCUAGUGGCACAGCUAGCACUGCAAUGCAGAGCCUUAGACCACUGCGCCACUCGGGAGGCAACCUUCACGAUUCUAUAUGAAUUGACAACUGACUAGGUAUCCCCUUAACCUUCACGAUUCUAUAUGUAUUGCGAUUUGAUGUUCCAAACAUAUUGCUCACUAUAUGUUGUCGGCAGAGAGACGAGAGCCAUGAUUUAAAAACAAGUUUUGAUCAGUCAUGGAAAUAAAAGUGCUGAAAACAUGUUGGCUCACUAUUUUAAAAAGAAGCUGGACAACAGGGACGUAAUGAUUCAGCGUUACACAUCGGCCCCCAAUUCAAAUGUUUAAGAUACAAUUGCAUCAGUCCGCAGACCAAUCCAAAUGUAGAAUGCAUCGGUCAGAAAAUUGAUUCAAACGUUAUGAAUCGGCAGUUCACUUUUUUUGUUGUUGCUCGUAUUACAUUCUUUCUACCUUCCGAAAAUACCUAAUCUUUUGUGAACUGCAUGUAACUGUAGUGACAGUCAUUGAUCUGCAUGUCCGAAGCGAGAGGAGAAUAGAAGUUCGUUCUGUAAAAAAAAUACAAACGGUAAAAAACAUUUCAUUUUGAGAUAGUGAAAUCCAUAGCUAAUUUGUAAAAGAGAAAAAUAAAUACAUUACUAGCUCAAACACUUAAUAUGUUAAUUAGUGGGUGAUUGUGAUUUCAGAACCAAAGUCGGGGUAAAAAAACAGGCUACAUUGCCCCCCUAAUCUGAAAGUGGUAGUGGGGUGGCAGAUGCCUAGUCUCCUCCCUUACGGCUCUAAUCUGAUAGUGGUGGCAGAUGCCUAGUCUCCUCCCUUACGGCUCUAAUCUGAUAGUGGUGGCAGAUGCCUAGUCUCCUCCCUUACGGCUCUAAUCUGAUAGUGGUGGCAGAUGCCUAGUCUCCUCCCUUACGGCUCUAAUCUGAUAGUGGUGGCAGAUGCCUAGUCUCCUCCCUUACGGCUCUAAUCUGAUAGUGGUGGCAGAUGCCUAGUCUCCUCCCUUACGGCUCUAAUCUGAUAGUGGUGGCAGAUGCCUAGUUUCCCUUGUGACUCAUAUCAGCUGCCUACAUAGUAUACACUAUAGACAUACAGUGAGGGAAAAAAGUAUUUGAUCCCCUGCUGAUUUUGUACGUUUGCCCACUGACAAAGACAUGAUCAGUCUAUAAUUUUAAUGGUAGGUUGAUUUGAACAGUGAGAGACAGAAUAACAACAAAGAAAAUCCAGAAAAACGCAUGUCAAAAAUGUUAUAAAUUGAUUUGCAUUUUAAUGAGGGAAAUAAGUAUUUGACUCCUCUACAAAACAUAAUUUAGUACUUGGUGGCAGAACCCUUGUUGGCAAUCACAGAGGUCAGACGUUUCUUGUAGUUGGCCACCAGGUUUGCACAUAUCUCAGGAGGGAUUUUGUCCCACUACUUUGCAGAUCUUCUCCAAGUCAUUAAGGUUUCGAGGCUGAUGUUUGGCAACUCAAACCUUCAGCUCCCUCCACAGAUUUUCUAUGGGAUUGAGGUCUGGAGACUGGCUAGGCCACUCCAGGACCUUAUUGUGCUUCUUCUUGAGCCACUCCUUUGUUGCCUUGGCCGUGUGUUUUGAGUCAUUGUCAUGCUGGAAUACCCAUCCAUGACCCAUUUUCAAUGCCCUGGCUGAGGGAAGGAGGUUCUCACCCAAGAUUUGACGGUACAUGGCCCCGUCCAUCUUCCCUUUUGAUGCGGUGAAGUUGUCCUGUCCCCUUAGCAGAAAAACACCCCCAAAGCAUAAUGUUUCCACCUCCAUGUUUGACGGUGGGGAUGGUGUUCUUGGGGUCAUAGGCAGCAUUCCUCCUCCAAACACGGCGAGUUGAGUUGAUGCCAAAGAGCUCGAUUUUGGUCUCAUCUGACCACAACACUUUCACCCAGUUCUCCUCUGAAUCAUUCAGAUGUUCAUUGGCAAACUUCAGAAGGGCCUGAAUAUGUGCUUUCUUGAGCAGGGGGACAUUGCGGGCGCUGCAGGAUUUCAGUCCUUCACGGCGUAGUGUGUUACCAAUUGUUUUCUUGGUGACUAUGGUCCCAAGAUCCUCCCGUGUAGUUCAGGGCUGAUUCCUCACCGUUCUCAUGAUCAUUGCAACUCCACGAGGUGAGAUCUUGCAUGGAGCCCCAGGCCGAGGGAGAUUGACAGUUCUUUUGUGUAUCUUCCAUUUGCGAGUAAUCGCACCAACUGUUGUCACCUUCUUACUAAGCUGCUUGGUCUUGUAGCCCAUUCCAGCCUUGUGUAGGUCUACAAUCUUGUCCCUGACAUCCUUUGAGAGCUCUUUGGUCUUGGCCAUGGUGGAGAGUUUGGAAUCUGAUUAAUUGAUUGCUUCUGUGGACAGGUGUCUUUUAUACAGGUAACAAGUUGAGAUUAGGAGCACUCCCUUUAAGAGUGUGCUCCUAAUCUCAGCUCGUUACCUGUAUAAAAGACACCUGGGAGCCAGAAAUCUUUCUGAUUGAGAGGGGGUCAAAUACUUAUUUCCCUCAUUUUAAAAUGCAAAUCAAUUUAUAACAUUUUUGACAUUGUAAUUAUUUUGCACUAUUGCCUUACCUCCAUAAUUUGCUACAUUUGCACACACUGUAUAUAUAUAUAUUUUCUGUCGUAUUUUUGACUUUAUGUUUUGUUUUACCCCAACUGUAUGUUUUGUUUAUCGCACUGCUUUGCUUUAUCUUGGCCAGGUCGCAGUUGUAAAUGAGAACUUGUUCUCAACUGGCUUACCUGGUUAACUAAAGGUGAAAGAAAAUAAAUUAACCCCCCCCACACACACACACACACACACCCACACACAGUCAAUUCAGACCACUGAGGUAUAAUAAGAACUGGAGACUGUGUCCAAGAUGUCCGAUCGUGGUUUUCAAGGUAAUCUACUCACGUUUGCAUACUCCGAUUCACGGACCGUCUAUAUCCAGGUUGAAUCCGGUUUAUACGGACCAAUAUCACAUGCGCACUCAGUGCGCACAGGUCCCACAGUUGGCAGUGCAUGUCAGAGCAAAAACCAAGCCAUGAGGUCGAAGGAAUUGUCCGUAGAGCUCCGAGACAGGAUUGUGUCGAGGCACAGAUCUGGGAUAGGGUAGCAAAAAAUGUCUGCGGAAUUGAAGGUCCCCAAGAACACAGUGGCCUCCAUCAUUCUUAAAUGGAAGAAGUUUGGAACCACCAAGGAUCUCCUAGAGCUGGCCGCCCUGCCAAACUGAGCAAUCUGGGGAGAAUGACCUUGAUCAGGGAGGUGACCAAGAACCAGAUGGUCACUGACAGAGCUCCAGAGUUCCUCUGUGGAGAUGGGAGAAGCUUCCAGAAGGACAACCGUCUCUGCAGCACUCCACCAAUCCGGCCUUAAUGGUAGAGUGGCCAGACGGAAGCCACUCUUAAGUAAAAGGCACAUGACAGCCCGCUUGGAGUUUGCCAAAAGGCACCUAAAGUACUCUCAGAACAUAUGAAACAAGAUUCUCUGGUCUGAUGAAACCAAGAUUGAACUCUUUGGCCUGAAUGCCAAGCAUCACGUCUGGAGGAAACCUGGAAGCAUUCCUACGGUGAAGCAUGGUGGUGGCAGCAUCAUGCUGUGGGGAUGUUUUUCAGCGGCAGGGACUGGGAGACUAGUCAGGAUCGAGGAAAAAAUAUUGUUUGCCCCACCGAGAUUUACAUGCUAAAAUCGCCACUGAGGGAAAGAUGAACGGAGCAAAGUACAGAGAGAUCCUUGAUGAAAACCUGCUCCAGAGCGCUCAGGACCUCAGACUGGGGCGAAGAUUCACCUUCCAACAGGACAACAACCCUAAGCACACAGCAAGACAAUGCAGAAAUGGCUUCGGGACAAGUCUCUGAAUGUCCUUGAGUGGCCCAGCCAGAGCCCGGACUUGAACCCGAUCGAACAUCUCUGGAGAGACCUGAAAAUAGCUGUGCGGCGAUGCUCCUCAUCUAACCUGACAGAGCUUGAGAGGAUCUGCAGGGAAGAAUGGGAGAAACUCCCCAAAUACAGGUGUGCCAAGCUUGUAGCGUCAUACCCAAGAAGACUUGAGGCUGUAAUCACUACCAAAGGUGCUUCAACCAAGUACUGAGUAAAGGGUCUGAAUACCUAUGUAAAUGUGAUAUCUGUUAUUUUUUCUAGAAACACGUUUUUGCUUUGUCAUUCUAAAAUUGACUACAUUUGUUUUUUCCACCUCAAUCUACAUACAAUACACCAUAAUGACAAAGCAACAAAAAAAAUGUGUCCUUCUGGAAUGUUCUCCCAUCUCAACAGAGGAACUCUGGAGCUCUGUCAGAGCGACAAUCAGGUUCUUUGUCACCUCCCUGACCAAGGCCCUUCUCCCCCGAUUGCUCCGUUUGGCCGGGUGGCCAGCUCUAGGAAGAGUCUUGGUGGUUUAAAACGUAUUCCAUUGACUCCUGAGUGGCGCAGUGGUCUAAGGCACUGCAUCGCAGUGCUAGAUGUGCCACUAGAGAUCCUGGUUAGAGUCCAGGCUCUGUCGCAACCGGGAGUCCCAUGGGCGGCGCACAAUUGGUCCAGCGUCGUCCAAGGUAGGGUAGGGUUUGGCCGGCAGGGAUGUGGGUUCGUUUCCCACGGGGGGCCAGUAUGAUUUUUUUUUAUAUAUAUGAAAAAAAUAAAACAUAUGCAUUCACUAACUGUAAGUCGCUCUGGAUAAGAGCGUCUGCUAAAUGACUAAAAUGUAAAUUUAAGAAUGAUGGAGGCCACGGUGUUCUUGGGGACCUUCAAUGCUGCAGAAAUAUUUUGGUACCUUUCCCCAGAACUGUGCCUUGACUCAAUCCUGUCUCGGAGCUCUACAGACAAUUCCUUCGACCUCAUGGAUUGGUUUUUGCUUUGACAUGCACUGUCAACUGUGGGACAGGUGUGUGCCUUUCCGAAUUAUGUCCAAUCAAUUGAAUUUACAACAGGUGGACUCCAAUCAAGUUGUAGAAACAUCUCAAGGAUGAUAAAUGGAAGCAGGAUGCACCUGAGCUCAAUUUUGAGUCUCAUAGCAAAGGGUCUGAAUACUUAUGUAAAUAAGAUAUUUCAGUUUAUAUUGUUAAUACAUUUGCAAAUAAUUCUAAACCUGUUUUCACUUUGUCAUUAUGGGGUAUUGUGUGUAGAUUGACGUAAAUAAAUAAUUUAAUAAAUUUUAGAAUAAGGCUGUAACGUAACAAAAUGUGGAAUAAGGGAAGGGGUCUGAAUACUUUCCGAAUUCACUUUAUGUAUAUAUUUUUUAAAUCGAUAAUUUGACUAAAAAUAAUAUUGCGAUAUUUAUAAAAAAAUUCUCCCAUCACUACACCUUGCUCUCACACUACUGUAACCAUUGACCAUACUCUCUGACCACUUGGUCUCACACUACUGUAACCAUUGACCAUACUCUCUGACCACUUGGUCUCACACUACUGUAACCAUUGACCAUACUCUCUGACCACUUGGUCUCACACUACUGUAACCAUUGACCAUACUCUCUGACCAUGUUGUGACUCUGUGUCCACAACUCAUUAUUUGCUGUGAAAUAAAGGAAAAUGAUUCCUACUGUGCCCCCUAUCCCCCACCAGGCAGUAGAGGAGAACGGAGAGCAGAUGCCGUGCUACUGCGUCUCAGUGAGCCUUUUGGAGGGAGACGACUCUAAGAACAGCCGCUGGAGCGUCACCAGGAAGCUCAUAGAAUUCCAGGCCCUGCACCGAAAACUGACUGAGGUAAAGGAUUCUCCAUGCUAGUGCUACUGCCUGUCUAGCUAGUCUCUCUGACUCACCCUCUGUCUGCCCCCCAACAACAGCCUUUUAAUUACCACAGUCCUGCGCUGCUGCGUCACAGCCGUUUGUUUCAAAUAUCACUGCCUGCCAUCUGAUAAUCACCCUAAUAAUGCUUCCACAUGCCAGUUGCCGUGGAGAUGGAGUGAGUCACCAUGCCACUGCAUAUCAUGAGGUGCUACAAACAAGACUUGAAGACUGAAACAUAACCCCUCUUAUUCUCUCUCUCUCUCUCUCUCCUCUUUCAUUUUAUAUUCUUUAUUCAGUGUUUCCCUACCUUGAAAAAAGUCCAGCUUCCCUCCGUCAGUAAACUGCCAUUCAAGUCAAUUGACCAAAAAUUCCUUGAAAAGUCCAAAAACCAGCUCAACACAUUUUUACAAGUAAGUCACUCUCUGCCAACACAGUUCAACCACAAAUCAUAGUGAAACCAUCACUGAAAUCAGUGUAUUGUUUAUGUGGAAGGCAUUUCUCCUAAGGGCAUAGUUUUUCAGAACAGGAGAUGUCAUCAGAGUUGAUGAUGUCACAUAGAGCUACCAUUGGGAGAUCAGGUAGUUUGUUUCCUCUUUCAGUAUUGUCUGACAGGAAAUGUAUGUAUUAUUGGAACGGGUCGUUCCUGCGGUUCUCAGUUGGCAGUCAGGAUUUCAAGCUAGGCUCUUUCUAUGUCGGGAGACUGGCCAAUGAGAUGAGAAUGAAUGACUAAGUUGAAGAGGAAGUUGAGCACAUUCUUUAGAUGCCUUAACAACAAUGUUAGUUAUGAUGGUGGUGAUGAUGGAAAGGCUUUACAAUGAUGAGAAUUAUGAUUUUGUUUGUUUGCCUCAUUGAUUUGCAGUAGUCAGGUUCCAAUGUUAUUAGCAUUGACUGUCUCAAAUGGCACCCUAUUCCCAAUAUAUAGUGCACUACCUUUGACCAGGGCCCUAUGGGAUAUUGUGCCAUUUGGGACACAACCAGUCUAACGUGCAGCUGUUUUCUCCACCAUGUAUAGAAAAUGCUGACAGACGAGCGGAUGUGUCAGAGUGAGGCGCUCUAUGCCUUCCUCAGCCCCUCCCCAGAGCACCUGAAGGUCAUCGACAUCCACAAGAAGACCUCCUUCUCCCUGGCCUCCUUCCUGGAGAGACUGUCUGGAGACUUCUUCUCACACACAGAGGUUAGUUUGCACCAUCACAUCAGGAGACCUGGCUGGCUGGCUGGGGUGGUGGGACUAACACACAUAUACAGUACAUUCAUAUAGGCGUUCACAAACGUACUCUCAAGUACAUACAGUGGCUUGCAAAAGUAUUCACCCCCCUUGGCAUUUUUCCUAUUUUGUUGCCUUACAACCUGGAAUUAAAAUGGAUUUUUUGGGGGGUUUGUAUUAUUUGAUUUACACAACAUGCCUACCACUUUGAAGAUGCAAAAUAUUUUUUGGGGUGAAACAAACAAGAAAUAAGACAAAAAAACAAAACUUGAACGUGUGUAACUAUUCACCUUUUGCAGUAAUUACAGCUGCAAGUCUCUUGGGGUAUGUCUCUAUAUGCUUGGCACAUCUAGCCACUGGGAUUUUUGCCCAUUCUUCAAGGCAAAACUGCUCCAGCUCCUUCAAGUUGGAUGAGUUCCGCUGGUGUACAGCAAUCUUUGUCAUACCACAGAUUCUCAAUUGGAUUGAGGUCUGGGCUUUAGCAGUAUACUUAGGGUCAUUGUCCUGCUGGAAGGUGAACCUCUGUCCCAGUCUCAAAUCUCUGGAAGACUGAAACAGGUUUCCCUCAAGAAUUUCCCUGUAUUUAGCGCCAUCCAUCAUUCGUUAAAUUCUGACCAGUUUCCCAGUCCCUGCCGAUGAAAAACAUCCCCACAGCAUGAUGCUGCCACCACCAUGCUUCACUGUGGGGAUGGUGUUCUCAGGGUGAUGAGAGGUGUUGGGUUUGCGCCAGACAUGGCGUUUUCCUUGAUGGCCAAAAAGCUCAAUUUUAGUCUCAUCUGACCAGAGUACCUUCUUCCAUAUGUUUGGGGAGUCUCCCACAUGCCUUUUUGCGAAUGCCAAACGUGUUUGCUUAUUCUUUUCUUUAAGCAAUGGCUUUUUUCUGGCCACUCUUCCGUAAAGCCCAGCUCUGUGGAGUGUACAGCUUAAAGUUGGUCCUAUGGACAGAUACUCCAAUCUCCGCUGUGGAGCUUUGCAGCUCCUUCAAGGUUAUCUUUGGUCUCUUUGUUGCCACUCUGAUUAAUGCCCUCCUUGCCUGGUCUGUGAGUUUUGGUGGGCGGCCCUCUCUUGGCAGGUUUGUUGUGGUGCCAUAUUCUUUCAAUUUUUUAAUAAUGGAUUUAAUGGCGCUCCGUGGGAUGUUCAAAGUUUUUGAUAUUUUUUUUAUAACCCAACCCUGAUCUGUACUUCUCCACAACUUUGUCCUUGACCUGUUUGGAGAGCUCCUUGGUCUUCAUGGUGCCACUUGCUUGGUGGUGCCCCUUGCUUAGUGGUGUUGCAGACUCUGGAGCCUUUCAGAACAGGUGCAUAUAUACUGAGAUCAUGUCACACUUAGAUUGGACACAGGUGGACUUUAUUUAACUAAUUAUGUGACUUCUGAAGAUAAUUGGUUGCACCAGAUCUUGUUUAGGGGCUUCAUAGCAAAGGGGGUGAAUACAUAUGCACGCACCACUUUUCCGUUAUUUAUUUGUUCGAAUUUUUUGAGGCAAGUUAUUUUUUUCACUUCACCAAUUUGGACUAUUUUGUGUAUGUCCAUUACAUGAAAUCCAAAUAAAAAUCCAUUUAAAUUAUAGGAUGUAAUGCAACAAAAUAGGAAAAACGCCAAGGGGGAUGAAUACUUUUGCAAGACACUGUACCCAUUUACAUUUUACAUUUUAGUCAUUUAGCAGACACUCUUAUCCAGAGCGACUUACAGUUAGUGAGUGCAUACAUUUUCAUACUGGCCCCCCGUGGGAAACGAACCCACAACCCUGGUGUUGCAAGCGCCAUGCUCUACCAACUGAGCUACAUUUAGUCUCUCUCUCACAAACUCCCUUUUCCCCACCAGGAGGAGGCGGAGGAUGACAGUGACCUAUCUGACUAUGGAGACGAGGCUGAUGGGAAGAAAGAUGCCCUGGCUGAACCCUGCUUCAUGCUCAUAGGAGAGAUCUUUGAGCUCCGAGGAAGUGAGUGGAACCUCUACACUACGCUAUGAAUACAUCCCAAAUGGCACCCUAUUCCCUUUAUAGUGCACUACUUUUGAGAGGGCCCUGGUCAAAAGCAGUGCACUAUAAAAGCAAUAGGGUGCCAUUUGAGAGAGACACUUCACUGUCAUGUUCACCUCGGUAGACUGAGUGUGUGGUUUGUGUAUAUUAUGAGGAGUUAUGUCAGUGUUCUUUAAAUCAAAUGAAUUGCCCAAAGCAAUUUUGAAAUGAAUAGAUUAUAUCCUAGUUUGUAGUUAUUGGAAACUAGCCUUGGAACUCUAACUUUGUUAAUGGAUCUGUUAUUUAGUCCAGUCACCUCUUGCUAGCAGUCUGGCACUCUCAGUGGUGUAAAGUACUUAAGUAAAAAUACUUUUAAGUACUACUUAAGUAGUUUUUUGGGGUAUCUGUACUUUACUUUACUAUUAAUAUUUUUGACUACUUUUACUCCACUACAUUCCUGAAGAACAUAAUGUAUUUUUUACUCUAUACUUUUUCCCUGACACCUAAAAGUACUCGUUACAUUUAGAAUGCUCAAGCAGGACAGAAUUAUGGCACCUAUCAAUAUAAUGCUUUGUCAUCCCUACUGCCUCUGAUCUAGCAGACUCACGAAACACAAAUACUGUGUUUGUAAAUUAUAUCUGAGUGUUGGAGUGUGCACCUGUCUGUCCGUAAUUAAAAAUAAUAAGUAUAUCGUGCCGUCUGGUUUGCUUAAUAUAAGGAAUUUGAUGUAUAGUUUUUACUUUGUACUUUUACUCAAUGAUGACAAUUGAGUACUUUUUCUACCACUGUACUUAAGUACAUUUAAAACCAGAUACUUUUAGACUUUUACUCAAGUAGUAUUUUACUGUGUAACUUUUACUUGAGUCAUUUUCUGUUAAGGUAUCUUUACUUUUACUCAAGUAUGACAAUUGAGUACUUUUUCCACCACUGGGCACUCUAAUGUGAUAUUGUUUGUCUUCCUUUAUUCUCAGUGUUCAAAUGGGUACGAAAAACUCUAAUUGCACUAGUUCAAGUCACGUUUGGAAGGACCAUAAACAAGUAAGCAUCACUCUCUCUUUACGAACAUUUCAAAUCAGAUUUCUGCUCUUAUUCCCUGCCAGUUUGUGAAGCAAGGAGCACACACAUAUCUGGGAACAGGCUAAGUUGAGGUUUAUAUGACAGCGAGUGGUGUUGUACUUAAACACUCCAGCUAUCUGUUGAGCGAGAGAGAUCAGUUAGUGAGUGACAUGUCUGGGAGUGAUCUCAUCAGAGGACAGGCAGGGCUCUGUUAUUCUGUUAUCGUCUUAUUCUGUUCUGUUAUUGUCUCAUCCUGUUAUUGUCUUAUUAUGUUAUUGUUUUAUUAUGUUAUUGUCUUAUGUUGUUAUCCUGUUAUUGUCUUAUCCUGCUAUUGUCUUAUUCUGUUAUCCUGUCAUUGUCUUAUUGUUGUUUUAUUAUCCUGUUCUGUUAUUGUCUUAUUCUGUUAUCCUGUUGUCUUCUGUUAUCCUGUUAUUGUGUUAUCCUGUUGUCUUCUGUUUUUGUCUUAUCCUGUUAUUGUCUUAUUCUGUUAUGGUCUUAUUCUGUUGUCUUAUUCUGUUGUCAUAUUCUGUUAUUGUCUUAUCCUGUUAUUCUCUUGUCUUAUGCUGUUAUUAUCUUAUUCUGUUGUCUUAUUCUGUUAUCCAGUUGUCUUAUUCUGUUAUCCUGUUAUGUUAUUCUGUUAUUGUCUUAUUCUGUUAUCCUGUUAGGUUAUUCUGUUUUUGUCUUAUUCUGUUAUUGUCUUAUUCUGUUAUUGUGUUAUCCUGUUGUCUUAUUUUGUUAUUCUGUUAUCGUCUUAUCCUAUUAUUCUGUCAUUGUCUUCUGUUAUUCUGUUGUGUUUUUGUCUUAUUCUGUUAUCAUCUUAUUCUGUUCUGUUAUCGUCUUAUCCUGUUAUCGUCUUCUGUUAUUCUGUUGUGUUUUUGUCUUAUUCUGUUAUCAUCUUAUUCUGUUCUGUUAUCGUCUUAUCCUGUUAUCCUGCACCCUAACCCACGUCUCUAAUGGUGCGUAGACACUCCCAGGCUGUGUCCCAAAUGGCACUCGAUUCACUCAUUUCACCCUAUUCACCCAUAGGGCUCUAGUCAAAAGUUGUAAUAAUAAUAAUUAGGUAGGGGAUUUUAUAUUUGUCAUGUUAUAUGCAUGUGUGAAUUGUAAAUGUUUUUUUUGCAUAUCCCAACUCCCCCUGAGACACCCUUGGAGAGUAAGGUCACAGCCAGGGUCUGCCAUUAUCAACGGUGACCCUGGAGUUAGGUUUAAGGGCCUUGCUCAAGGGCACAUCAGCAGAUUGUUCACCUUGUUGGCUUGGGGAUUCGAACUAGAAACCUUUCAGCUACUGACCCCAACUCUCUAACCGCUAGGCUACCUGCCGCCCUAUGUAGGGAAUAGUGUGCCAUUGGGGACGCUACCCCAGACUCUGACCCUGCCACGUUUCACACACUGAUGCAAGGCGUUUGUAGACUCUUGGAUCAAUCUCCAUCUCUCUGUGAUACCCCUCUGGUUUAGAUCGUUUAGCUUAUUUAACAAGUCAAACUGCACAACUAGGGUUACGCUUACCACAUCUAUCAGACUGGGUGUUCCGGAUAUGCACUGCAAUGGGUUGUUGUGGCCGUGCUCUGAACAUGGGUGAAGUAGCUAUCUUCAGUUGGGAAUAGAAAGCUAUUACUGUAAUGCAGAGGCUAUCGUCAGAACCCUCCCUCCCUCUCCUACCCCCUCAGGCAGAUUCGAGACACUGUCAACUGGAUCUUCAGUGAGCAGAUGAUUGUUUGCUACAUCAACAUUUUCCGCGACACCUUCUGGCCCAACGGAAAACUGGCCCCCCAAAUCAAGGCUCGGUCUGACACUGAACGUCGGGAGACCAAGGAGCGGGCACAACAGAAGCUGCUAGACAAUAUCCCAGGUAGGUCUCCCCACAACAGAAGCUGCUAGACAAUAUCCCAGGUAGGUCUCCCCACAACAGAAGCUGCUAGACAAUAUCCCAGGUAGGUCUCCCCACAACAGAAGCUGCUAGACAAUAUCCCAGGUAGGUCUCCCCACAACAGAAGCUGCUAGACAAUAUCCCAGGUAGGUCUCCCCACAACAGAAGCUGCUAGACAAUAUCCCAGGUAGGUCUCCCCACAACAGAAGCUGCUAGACAAUAUCCCAGGUAGGUCUCCCCACAACAGAAGCUGCUAGACAAUAUCCCAGGUAGGUCUCCCCACAACAGAAGCUGCUAGACAAUAUCCCAGAUAGGUCUUCCUUCCUGCCAUACUGGUGUCAUCUCUGCACAUCUAUUAUCAAUGUUUCAGUCAGACCUUUUUCUUCAAAUAAAUGUCUUAAUACAUUUGCAGAGGUACAAAUCGUGUGGGCAGUCCUGAAGGAGGGGGGGGGAGAGAGAGUCUGGCAUUGGUCUUGAAACAAAAGUUUCUGCUUCAAUUGGAUUAUUGAUAAAGAUGAGCAAAACAGACUGGGUAAAAUAAAUAACACAAAAAUACUUAGCUACCUGUAACUGCCAAAAUAAAGGAAACCCCAACAUAAAGUAUCUUAACAAGCCAUUGGGCCACCACGGGCCAGAACAGCUUCAAGGCACCUUGGCAUAGAUUCUACAAGUGUCUGGAACUCUAUUGGAGGGAUGCGACACCAUCCUUCCAUGAGAAAUUCCGUAAUUUGGUGUUUUGUUGAUGGUGGUGGAAAACGCUGCUUUCAAUAUACUUUGUAUCCCUCAUUUACUCAAGUGUUUCCUUUAUUUUGGCAGUUUCCUGUAUAUUGUACCACACACUGUGCAGGCUACAAACUGGUACAUGUGUGAAACAGGACAAAUUUAAGCACCCCCUAUUUGAUAUUUUUGCAGACAUGUUGCACCUAGGCGUGACUAGUAUCUGUGGCUAGAUCUCUGAAUGUGGACAUUUUUACAUUUACAAUUUUGGUAAUUUAGCAGGCGCUCUUAUCCAUGGUGAUUUAGUCAGGUCAUUCGACUAAGAUAGGUAGCACAACCACAUACAGCGUGUUAACUGUCUUUUCAGAUGCACUACAGAACCUGGUGGGACAGCAGAAUGCCAGGUAUGGGAUCAUCAAGAUCUUCAACGCACUUCAGGAGGCCAAUGCCAACAAGCAUCUACUUUAUGUAAGUUCACCUCACCAUCUGUGAAAUGGCUAAGGAUGCUAAAACGUGCUGUUUGAAAGAGCCACCACCCCGAUUCUGUUGGGAAUUUCACAAACACAUGUAACUCAGCCACCUAGUGGCUCAGUUCAGAACAGCAUCUCAUUACUGGCAGGUCAGACCACACAAAGAGAGGGAGAAUGGGUUUGAAAGGGUAUGUGUACAUUCCAAAAGUAUUCCCAUUUGCUCUAUGUCAAUAAAGUUAUUUGUGUGGAAUACUCUGUGAAGUUGCCUCCAUAGAGAUACAUAUAUAUUACAUGUUCUAUUUCAUUCUGUGGUUGCCUCAUUCCAUCUAAUAGGGGAAGGUAUCAGUGGGUCAAAGACAUCAUCAUAAGAGGGUCUCCCUCACCGGAUGAGUCAGUCAUUCUCAUACAUGCAAGCAUAGGAACGAAGUGCACAGAACACUCUUUCAUUGGAGUCCAGGCUGAAGAGAGGUAUUGUUUAAUCGCCUCCUGACACGUUUCCUCUGCCCCUGUUUCAGGUUCUGAUGGAGAUGAUCCUCAAAGAGCUGUGUCCAGAACUCAACGUGGAGACGGACCAAAUCUGAUGGGGCGAGGCCCAUACGUAUGCAACACAGGAUAGUGUGGUUAAUGUGGAGCAGAACCCUAAUGGCAUUCUAUUCCCUCCCUCAAAGGGAA